GGGUGUGACGUCAUGGCACGGUGCCCCGUCCAUGUUUGGCGGAGAAGAAGUUUGUAUAGCUUCGACAAACUCCACUCAGCACUGCUUUCAGACACAGCCAGAGCUCACUAGGAGAGCGGAUUUGACUCAUUUCUACGUUUAAAAGCUGUAGAUAUCAGCGUAGCGUCAGAAAUUUAAGGUGUCCUCACUUAAUUUGUCAUAAUUAUUGAGUUAACGUCUAAAAACGGUCAAAAACCGGACGUUCCUGGAUUAACGUCCCACAGCCGUUUACAUUAACAGCUAAUUUCACAGUUGCUCAAAUCUCGGCUAAUGUUAUCUCUGGAUGGAUAGUGGCUUUCCCUGUUAGUCUGUCUGUAAUUGAUAAAUAGCUUCCCCCCUUUCUUCGAAAAGUCUCGCAUCCUCCGCCGGGUGGUCUCGUAUGAACCGUGUCAAGGCAGCGGCGAGGGGUCGGGGGCUCCGCCAGCAGAGCCGGGCUUCAGGAUGAGGAUGCCCAAAGGAGGACGCCUGUUCCUGGCGACGUGCCUCGGUUCGCUCUUCGUUCUGGUGCUCUACUUCCAGAGCAUCACAAAGCCAGGUAAGACGCUUCUAAAACUCUACACAAUAUACACAUAAAACAGGUACACUUCUCAAACCAUUACCCCUUUUAAUUAUCGGGUUAUAUGCGACUGUUAUAUAUUGAAGGAAACUUUAUUUUUGAUUUACUUUCAUUUCUGCAGAGUAUGUUAGUGAAAGUAGCUCACUGGGUUUACUGUUUUCAGAGUGAAAUGACCCUAAGAGAGAAGGCAGUCACAUACACCACCACAUAUGCUAAUCCCAGUAUGAAGUAAAAGCGCACGGAAAUAGUGAUAUAAACUUGCUUGUCCUUUAAAUGCACCUUUCAGUCUUUUAUAUACACUAACAUAUAUAAUGUGCAUCACCAGCUUUGUAAAUCUACAUGUUUUCAACAGAGGGAACUUAAUGUCAGAAUGAAAUGUGACUGAGACAUAGUAUGAAUAAGCUCACUGUGAACUGUGCAAUGUUUUGAUAGCCCCCCUUCCCAGAGACCCCCUGCAUUCCUGUGCUCAAACCCUCCUCCGCUCCUCUUCUUACCUCUCCUCUCCUGUCUGCUCUCUUUGUUUCCUGGGCUUAGCCUGAGCCCAAUCUGCACAUUGAAAGACAGGUUUGCCCCAGAGGGGAUUGCAGACCCCAGAGGAGAGAACUAAGAGCUCAGUCAGAGAGACAGAGGUCGGGAUGAUUGAUUUGAGCACACCAUUCAAUAAGCUGAGGCAAAAUGACACGAGGGUUCGGAGGAGAGGGAAGAGGAGCAUUUUGAUUGAGAGGAGGUGUGUUCAUGUGGAUGUGGAGAGGGAGGAGGCUGCAGAGAGGAGAAAUGUGCCUAGUUUUGUAUAACAGUUGUGGGCGAAUAGAGAAUGACUGAUCAAUCAGUGAGAGAUAUGCUGAAAUGGAGAAGUAGAUCUGUAAACUUAGUGUUAAGCUUUGAACUAUGUCUACUUUAGGUGACAGUUCCUGACGAGUCAAGGCACAUACCAGUGAUACAAAUAUAAAAGAUAACGAUGAAGAAAUCACUUAACAUUAGAAAGCGUAAUUACACCCAUAAUUUCUCCUGAAUUGUUUCCAGGACACACCCAGAUUAAAACCACAGUAAUAAAUCAUCUUCUACAGACCACUGCACGGCAAAUACACGCUCACUGUCGGCGGCAGACACACUUACCACAUGUUGCCAAACUUGCAAACAGCACAUGUCAGCACCCCCGUUGACCCCCUCCUCUUAACUAGGUGUACGUAUCCACACUUUCAACCUGCUCAGGCACGUUCCCUUUACAGCCCCACCAGCAGACAUGCAGGCCUCUAAGAGAGCCUCUUGGAUCCACAUUAGACGCAACUAAUUCACAGGAAGUCAACAAAGCACAGGGUUUCCUAAUUACUGUGUAUCUAGCCAGAGACAGUUUGGAAGCCAACUUCAAACUUGUCACUUCAGUUUAUCCUGGAUAUUGUUUUUUUUUUUUUCCUUUGGCUUUUAAAUCCUCUCUCUGGCUUGGUUUCACUUACACUGGAGCAGGAGAGAAACUGGAGAAGUAUAUUGCACUGUGUACCUGUAUGUUUGAUUCAUUCACCGUGAUUGAUUAUUUCAGGUAAUGAAAAAAAUAUGCCAGCUCAUUCGAACUCCAGAGCAGCAGAGUUUCCGAUAUUUUUUUUCUUUUUUUUUUUCUUUUUGUAAAGUUGAGGUUAAUGGAGAAAAAAGAGGAUGGUACACAGCUUCAUUACUGGAGUCAAACUAUGGAUACUCUUGACUCAUGGAUUUCUGACUCUGAUUUAAUAUGAACAGUAAUCAACCAUGUAAUAAAAACAACAAUCAAGCUGCUAGAUACAAAGACAACUUCAUUUAAAAUGUUCAUUUGUGAUCAAACAAAUGUUAGGAUUUAUACCUGAGUGAUGUUUGCUUCUCAUUCAAAGGAGAAGUAGGUAUGGCAACACCAUUUGGACAAACUACAUGCAGAUCUACAUGAACCCAGUUUAUUGUCUUUUGGAUUGGAUCUUGGAAAAGAAAAUUCAUCAGCUGAUUUCAGAGAAAAAAGAGAGUAUAUUUGUGGAAAAGUCCUGGAGUCAAAAGUACCAUGUUUGUGUUACAAAUGUUGAGUCCAUCUGUUUUUGCAAGUAACAUGUUUUACCCAGUAAGUGCACGAUUGUCAGAUAUUUUCAUCAUUUUUAUCAUAUCUGAUAGAAUGGGAACAUCUUGGGAUUUCUAUCAGUCAGAUCUCAGAUUGAAAAACUCUCUUGCUCACUCCUUGAAUUUGGGAAGCUACAGCGGUCUUAGUAGAAAAGAAACUCUUGUAAUGAAUCAUGAUCUUCAAUUCCUUGAAUUUGACUAUCAAAAACUUCCAUCAAUACUAACUAUUUGUGUUUAACAACCACUGUCACCUUCAUCUUUCAAUCAGGGCACUUUCAGUGGCCACUCACUAAAGAAAAAAACUGCAUGAGGCACAUCGUAUGUCCCUUAUUUGGUUGUCGUUGGAACUUGUGGCUCAGUCUGACUAAACAAAAACAGAGCAGUUUUUAUAUUUGGGUAAUUGCACCCUGAUUUAAAUACACCUCAGAAAAAUCUAUUUCUACCAAGUCUGUGCAGUGAAAUGUCACUAAAUACCACUCACUGUACCUCUAAAACUAGAUGAAGGAUUGUAGUCACGCUGUGUAACACUGGCAGCUGCUCAAUUUGUAGUGUUGGGAUUGAUUUUUAGCAUGAAACAGCUUUAUUGAGUGUGUCUUGGGGUCUAAAUCAAACUGUUCUAUUGGAUUUGUAAUGGAAGAGACCUCCGUGGAUAGUUUAGCUUUCAUAGAAAACCUCCUUAACAGUGAACACUGAAGGGUCAUUUUGAGACUUGGACUGUAAAGCCCAUAGCCCACUCUGUGUGUGUUCCUCCGAUGAUGUGAUAAAAGCAUGUUUUAUGAAGCUUUCUAGACACCUAGACUUCUUCCACACUAUUCCUCAGUCAUAAAUCCUCUUACUUAAUAUUUCUUUAAUAAUCACCUUAUGGACAAAGAAAGCACCAAAACAAUACAUAGAAAAUAGAAAUAUCUGGUUCUUCAGUGUUGGGUAGGAGCAUUCUCAUGUAGUUUUGAAAUACCCUCAUGUUUCCUGUCCCCUUAGCUUUCUGAUCCACAUCUCCCAAUUGAACUUGUUGUUGAAUUACCAGACAGGAAGCACAGUGCAUAUUAUCCUGUUUUAUUGUCUGCCUUCCUGUGCUGAUACCAGAGGAUUAGCACUGGAGGAAAGAAAUACGAGUGUCCCGUGUACCGUUUUAGACUCGUUUGUUCAUUUAUGACAGAUUUGUUGUUAUUUGAAUUUUUUUUACUCUUUUAGGAAUUUGAGUUAGUUGCCUUCAGGUCUGACUCCUUAUUCCAUAACCCUGCUGCUGUUGUUGAUCCUUAUCUAAUCCUGGUGUUCAGCAGGGGGGUACAGCGCUUCCUCUGGUUUUAUUAGUAUGAAAUAAGCGAAAUAAAUGAGUGGAUACAUGAAUGUUAAAGCCUUGUGUUUCAAGCUAAAUCAAAAAAGAAAGCUUUUUGACUUUGAACACCAGUACCAUUCAGUGUUAUAUCACAUGAUUUGUAUGUAAUGAAUUCAUUUGAUUAGUAUGAUUCUCUUCUCUAGACUGAUAGACUGUCAUAAACACACUACUGUAGACUGGCGCAUUGCCAUGGUUAAAUAAAAGCCGCCACAACUUAAAACCUUCACCUCGGGGCAGGCGUGCACAAGACAAGAGUUGUCAUCUGCGAUCACACAGCAACACUGAUAGAUUCCCAUCUUGUGGGAAACACUUCUUUUGUAUUGCCAGCCAACCUAGCAUCAGGAGCUACACAGCUGCAGAAAAACUGUAUGUUGUGGACUUGACUGCUCUCAGUUGAAGUUGUCACACAGGUAGACAGUUUUAGUCUUUGUACCCUCUGAGAGACCCCUUACAACACAUCUACACUGCUGCGUCUUUACAUGAUCGAUUUGUUUCAUUUUCAUUAGCAUUAACUUAUCCUCCUUCUGACUGAACAGUUAACCAAAAUCCCCUCCUAAACCAGUUAGAUAUAAAGGUUUUGGACAUUUCCAUGAUGCUCUAUUUCCAGUCCGCCUGUCUAGUACUUGAUACAUCGUAAUUACAACAAAAAUAGACAUGAACACCCAGUUUCUGUUUCCUCUGAGGCUCUCCUUUACGUGGUUGUAUUGACUCAGCAGGGCUCUGCCCCAGUAUCAUUAUGAGCGUUGUUUGAGUGUAUGCUAGCUCAGCAUGGAGAGGUGGAGCACAGUUGUGCACUUGACAAACCUUAAGAGUGUUUGUCAGCAUUAAUAGGAAGAGUGAAAGCCACACUUGCGCAAACUUGACAAGUUCUCAGCUCCGCAGUUUGACACCUUAAACCAUUUCCUAUCAUCGCCCUGAAACUCAAAAACCCUUGUUACUAUUUGCGUCAAGUUAUACGAUAUCUUAUCUAUUAUAUUUGCAUCUUAAUGUGAACUGACAUGAAUAGUCUGAGCACAGCCACGACUUUUACCCCAGUUGUAGUCUUGGUAAAAUCAUUACAUUUGAACCAUGAACAUACUGGAUUUCUCUGUUCAUGGGUCUGUUUGCUCUACAUGCACCCUCUCCAACUUUUCCACCUCAUUUGCUGGCUGGUUGUAUAUGGCUCACAUAUGAGAGGGUGGGAAAAUGCUUCCCUCUCUUUCCCAGCUAUGAGAGACAAUAGUGAAUUGUCUGAUCAAGCUGAAAUGCCCAUGGGUACUCGAAUAACACAUAUAAAGCUGUGCUUCUCCUUUUAUCUUAGUCAGUGUUUUACUACUCCAGUUUUCUGUCUGAAAUCGUCGUUGCACAUACUAAUCAAAUCUGAAAUGAAUGAACAGAUGAAGUGCUGCAGACUGGUGACAGGUUUUUGAAGACUGCUUCUGCUUGCUAUCGCUGUAGUUCACAAAAGCAGAUUCAUCCCUGUUGGUUCUUGUGACAGUGAUGAAGUCCGCCUCAUAAUCAUAUAUCUAAACAGAGCCAACAUGAAGGCUCUUAUGUGUCCUGCCCACACACAGAGCCAGUGAACAAACCACAGUGUACAUUUUCUGAUAGCCAUGACCAAAGGUAUGUUGUUUACAGUUUGUAUUUUACCUCUGGAGGAAACGAUCACAUCCACCUCAAAAUGACUGGUAGGUCAAGGAAUGAGGCGGGUGUUAAGGUUUACCUGGAAGUUCCUGAGCAUGCCUUACUGUGUUGUUAUUUAGUAUUUGUUCUUUUACACCCACUUUGACAUCAGUGCAGCUGUUGAGAAGCACACAAACACCAUUAUGAGCUGACAUCACAUUGCUAAAGGCUUUUAAAAACAGUGCUGCUCACCACAUGAUGCUACACCUGCUGACUGUUUGUUGUGCUUCAAAUUGUGGGCUGUAUCAUGUGUUGAUAUCCUAAACAUGCAAUGUCCAGUAAGUCGGAAAACGUCCGCGCUUCUCCUUUUGAAACGGCUCACUUUGAAGAAUGUUUUAAGUGAAGGGAAAGCACCAAAACAUGAGUGGAUUUAUAUGCAAAUACAGGAGCUGGAGGACUUUGUUCAAAAAUGAGUAAUAGAAAUGUUGUGGUUCCAGUGCUUCAUGGUCAGGCAAGUCUGUACCUCUGAUCUUCCUGGUUCUAUUGUAAACCAGUAGCCUUGGGUUAGCCGUGAUCCAUUUGUGGUUGGGCGCUUUGUGGUAUGUCUGUUUCGUCAGAAAUAAAGGAGUUGGUUGAACUGGAAUCUGCAAACAAAGACAAUGACUCUGAACAAAGAAAUGAGUUGGUUUUUAAAAACAUUAAAGAGCUGUUUCCUUACAAGCAACAGUGCAUUGAAGUAUACAGUAUAUUAGGUAGGGGUUGAUUAGUCCAAUCAUCCAACGGCUUACUAUUUUUCUAGCAUGAAGCGGUCACUGGCAUGGUUCAAAUAUGUGUUUGUUUGUUUUUUUUUUUUUUUUUUUAUAUGCAUUAUCUCAUCUCAUCUCAUCUCAUCUCUUCACAUUUUCUCCACUGGAAAAGGAGGAAGUCUGGGUGAAGUUAUAAAGUGUCUUGCUAUAGUUUUAGGCUUUCUUCCAAUUUUAAAUGAGAUAGGUGACAUAUGCACAUGCUCAUUGAUGUGAACUUAAUUUGAACCCCUUAGUUUUUUUUGUUUUUUUUUUGAGAAACUUCCUCAUCUAAGCUGAUCUGCUUUUUGCAGCUCAUAUGAGUAUUAACGUUGAAAUGAAAAUAGACAUGAUAUUGACUAUCAAAACCAUCAAUGUUAUCGUUUCAUUUAAAGUAGAGCUCAUUGGAAAUUUAAUGCCAGGGACAUGUUUUGAAAAGGUUGUGACAGGAACAACUGAGCACGGAAAAAGUAGUGUUAUUCCAAAAAUAACGCCUGGAGAGCCAUCUCCCAUCAAACUGGAUUAUUUGGCAUCAGUAACAGUGGUUCAAGAUAGGCUGAGUCUCUCAGGGGCUGAGAUCGAAAGUAGUUCUCCACUUUGCUGGAGCCUGCAUUAGCCAGUGAUUUCACAACUUCAGAAGUAUAGUACAAAACAUUGUUAUAAGAUUACAAUACAAUACAAUUAGAAUAACAAUAAGAAUAACUUUAUUGAUCCCCGAAGGGAAAUUCAAUUGUCUGUCGUCCCAUUUGUCAUAUCUCUAAAACUCAAUUAGGGGUGUCCUGAUACGAUAUUUAUUUCGGGUAUCGGUCCAAUAUCAGCAAAAAAACAAAUAUUAGAUUAUAUUGGCCUGCAUAUAAAAUCUCUGAUAUCAGCACUCUGAUACAAGCAGUCCAUUCCAGACUCCACUCUGGCACCUCUAUCUAGCAGCACCCUGAUCCAGCAAGCUGAGCCCACAAAAUCACAACAACAGUGUGUACUAAGGUACCAACAAAGUAGCACGAAGUAGGAGUGAUGUUGGUCUUGUGGCAGUACUUUUUGUUGAAGUCUGAAAAAGACAUUGCAGCUGAGUGAAAAAACUUGUCAUGCACAAUUUUGCACCAAUAUCAGAUCAAUAUGGGUAUUAGUCAGUAUUGAAGGCUUCAAUAUCUGUAUCAUAUUGGAAGUUUACAAGUUGUAUCAGAACACAAUACAAGAACUCUAUUGAUCCUUAAACGGACAUUCAUUAAGAUUAAGACAUUGUGGAUGAAUCUCUGUACAAACAGGACUAGUGUGAAAACCAUAACUGGACUGUCAUGUUCUCUUGGCCCCCGUGUGCUCAAGUAAGUCAAAAUGUGACAUUUUUCUUGGAAAUCAGCAGUAGACUCAGUAGUAGAAGAGCCCAAGUGCUGGCUGCAGUCCAAACUUGUUACCCUUUGAAAACCAAUUUGGUGUAAUACAAUGAGAACAAAAGAGACCCUCAACUGUUGAGUACCUAACAUCCAAUAUUAAGGAGGAUGUUUUUGGUUUUGCAUUAGGGUUGUGUCUUUCUGACUCUAAAUCUACUGCUUGUGCACUUCCCAGCCUCUGGGGAUCUUUGAGUCUUACAGGAGUUGGACCUUCUUCAUAUGGUGUUAAUGACUCAUGCGAAGGAACAACUUCAACUGAAUGUUGUCACCCAGCUAUAGCUUCAAGUCUGAAUACAUUUUUGUCUGUGUUUGUCAAGUCAGUUUAUCCUCUGUAGCUUCAUCCCAAUCCAAUUCACUUCACCAUUCAGGUAUCCAUAGAACCCAAUUUCAAAGAGAUAAGCACUCAUAGCAGUCGUCUUGUUCCUGUUGAAGAAAUGUCUCUGCUACAUUUUAGUUGGGAUUAACUGUUCAGUUCAUGCGGACAUAGGACAGUAAGAGUGUGACUCAAAGGAAAUGCCUCCUCUUUUCAGAGAAUAUCCCAGAUCAUAAAGUCACUUCAUCUUGUUGGUCUAAUGACCUCCAUCUGCUGCAUGUGGACAGUCUCACACUUUUGAAUGAAGCUUAGCUCCAAACAGACACUCAGGUCUGGUAUUCGUGAUAACUGCGUUAUCUCUUCUCGCCUGUUUUCAUUAGUGACUCUCUUUGCUAUUUCUGUCACUUUUGGUUGUACUGUGGAACAGAUUUUUAUAUACCUCCAUCAAAGUCCAAUUACGGCAUGGUUUUCUUUCAGCCAGUGGAAACUUCCAUUACACCGCUGAAUGAAAGCAGACCAUUAUUUUGAGUGUAAUUAAGUGUAAUUUUCCUCUUUAAGUAAAUAUUUACAUUAUUGAUGCCAUGUUCUUCUGCUUUUUGUCAUACCCACAGAGGGGGGAGAUUUUCAGAAAAAGGGAAGCAGCAAGAAGAAGAGAGAGAUUACAGCACUACAAAAUUUUUGUGAAUUAUUAAACAUAGAUUAAUGACUUAGAAGUUUUGAUGCAUCAAGCCCACACACAACCAAGAGAAAAAACUUUCAGGAUUCAUCUUCACACUGUUUGUGAUAAACUGUCUGUUAGAUGAUGAUAGUGCUGUCUGUUUAUAACCGUCUAACCAAGUUUGAAGGCUUAAUGGGACCUAGUUUGUCCUUGGAUACAACAUUAACACUCAGUCCCUCAGAUACAAACAAAACAAGCCAGGGUUCAACCUCUCAGAAUGUGCUAUCUCUCGCUCUUAUUCAAGCAUCAGUGUUGCGUCACAUCCUGGGCCUCAAAGGAAGUUGUGGUUUUUCUUGUGCAUGUGACAGAACAUGCACCACAAAAAGAUGUGGUUUGUAAAGAUCUGAGAGGAUUAGACCCUGAUAUGUUUCACAGAGUAAACAUGGACUGUGAAGACUUACCAAAACCAAGAAAAACUCAAGUUUCUCAAGUUUAAUUUCUUCUACACACAAAAAAAAAUGAACUGCUAAUGAAAAAGAGCUGUGAAAGUGGACCGUAAAAAUAAAUGAAAACACAAAUGGAGCAAGUUAAUCUGGAUUUAGAGUCAAGCCAACAAAGCUACCAGAGUUCAUGUGUGGAAAUACACGUGGAAUAAAAAGCUCACACAUUUACACCACGUGUAUCACACUUUGAAACGUUGUCUGAAAAUGACACCCACUUGUUUUCACAGUCGAAAAUUUGUAGUCGACUUAUUGAUCAAAGUCUUCACUAAAUGUUCUGUUGUCUUUGGUUGAGGUCAUUUCAGUUUUAUGGAUUCCAGUUCCUGUGGCUCUUAUCAGUACUGGUUCUGUUGGUUCUUGAUCCUGAUUACAUAAAUCUUGCAUAUUUAUUUUUGGUACAGGUUGCUUGGUCCUGUUAGAUGUGCUUUCAUGAAAUGUCUUUAUCACCUUUUUUGCACUUUGUCAUGUUGUUAUCUGUCUGAGUGAAGCUUUGCCAAAGUCUGGAGCUCUUUCUGUGGUCCACAACAAUCCUCUUCUCACAAUUUUGUUGAUGUAAAGCAGGCCAAAGUAUUUACAACUAAAACAAUUCUCAGGAAAAGAUUUUUGCUGCAGUUAGGAACUGAAAAACAGAACCGAAAUUCAUGUACUUCAUCAAAUCCACGAAACUCAGAAAUGCAUGACAGGGACCAAGUUUGAGCCAGCUCUUGAUACUGAAGCCAAUUAAAAACACUGGUUAACUUAAUAGGGUGGAAAUCUUCUCAAAGUACCACCUCCAUCAUUUGAUUUGACAAAAAAAAUGUUGUACUUGACAUUCCUCUUCUCCUCUCCGCUGAUAAAUCAGUGUGGACGAAACUCCCCAGAGAAGUAUUUAUACCUAAGAACAGGAAAAAUCAAACUAUUAAUGUGAGAAGAGCAUUCUUAGGUGUCUCUGACCUAUUUUCCAGCUUCCUGAGGAAGUGUCUCGAGUUUGUGGAAGGCUUAUCUGCCUAAGACGUGGACUGCAGUGCUGUUGACUGAGAGCUUAGACGCCUCAUUCAUUAUAUUCAGUACUACUUGAGACCUAAAGGGUCUAGUUUUAACGUUUCAUCCCAGUGAAAUGUUUCUAUGAUCUCUAAAGCCAUCCUUUUUUUUCUCUGCAGAGCUUUUUAGUAGCUCUUUAUUCUUAUUUCCCUUUAUAUAUAAACUCUUGGAUGUAAUUUGGAUGAAAGUGCACGUGUGCUCUGUAUGAUGUUCCUUUAAAUUGAAUCCAGUAAAGCGGGACUGGCAGCAUGGUCCAGUAAGACUCAGAUGUCUAUCUCAGUGUGUUGGGAUGAUGUGGCAUGGACCUACCCGGAGUUGCUCAGAGAGUUUGAUGGUUUCUGUGAUUCAGGCAGAAGGGAGGGGGGAGUCAGGGGGAGGCUACGUCAUGAGGCAGACUGAGUCUCACCGUCUAUCUCAGAUCCUCCUGUGUUCUAUUUUUGUCCCGUCAACAUCACUGGAAUUGUUCUCCUUUUCGGUUUCAUCUUCCUUAAAACAGCAGGAUGCGGUCAUGAUUUACAGUCCGAUUUAAAUCCUGGACACGAGUCUGUUACCUGUGGUUUUACCUCGAAUGACACAGGCUGGCACAGAGAUUUAUGAAACCUUGGUGCCAUUUAAAAACCAGUCGAGGCUUGGUUUAUUUGCUGGGUAUAAACUCAGCAAGAGGAAAGGAGUCAGUGGGAGAGAAAGAGGCUGCGUCUCCUGAUAGAUUCCAUAUUUGCACAGCGUAACCCUUCCACUCUCUUCUUGCUGGUUAGUAAUAUGCUUUCCAUAUGAAGGAAUGCUUUUUCUCAUCAUUCCAUAGGCCCUCUUUCAAGUAUGUUCCCUUAUGCUGAUAUACAUGAAGCACAUUCCCCAACUCCCUCCGCCUUCAUCUCAUUCCAGCUUAUGUCAAUGUAAAGCACACACCAGCAAAAGUCAAAUCAAAGUGGGAUGAAUUGUCUCAAAUCAAGGCUGUAUAUAUAAUUUGUCAGACAGGACGUCCCUACAGUUUCACAUGUUUAGAGUUCGAUUGUCUAAAUAAAGUAGCUGAUACUGAUAUUGUUUAGUGUGAAAGUAACCUGAUGCUGGAAUUAGGAAACACAGUGAAAAGCUGUUGGAUCAGAUCAGACACAGGAGUCCUGCUGAUGUCUAGAUUUAUUCAUUUUAUCCUUUUUAUCUCUUUGCAGUUGUCAAACAGAUAAUUACUGAACAGAACCCACAGUUUCACUGUCAGUAUCACACCAAAUGGGAGUCAUGAAUCUUUACGACACGCAACAAAGAGCGAACACUUUUCUUUUACUGUAGGAAACACAGGGUGAGUCAUUCAAACUGGUGAUUUGGCAAAGAAACGUGUUUGCCUGUGAUUCUGUUCUUUCUGUGAGAAAGCCAAUCCCAUUUUUAGGGCAAAUGAAAGUACAUCCUCGCCUUAUUAAAACUCUCUUGGUAAGUCAUAAUAGCACCUAAAAUGAAUUACCCAUAAUGCACUAUGCAGUGCUUUCAUCAGUGUUACCUACCCUACAUGAUUUAGCUAAGGCUGCACGAUAUUGGAAAAAACUAACAUAGCAAUUUUUUUUCAACCCUGCGAUAUAUAUUGGGAUAUUAAAAAAUAUAGGAAUUUUCACCAGAUGACCUGAAUAUCACUUUAUGUUAUGCUGCUUGUGGACAAUGAACCUGCACUGAUCUUACCUCUUUUUGUGAAUGUUAGUAGAACGGCUUCUGUCUGUCUUAGAGAUAUUUCUAGCUUGCUUUUAUUGUGCCGGGAUGUUAUUGUAGCAACAGAUGAAAGGCACUGCUGACACAGAACACGUGUUUUGGUCGACAUCAUGCUUCUUGUAACUGAAAUAAUUCCAGAUAACUGAUUUUACGUUUCUUUUUGGCAACAAGUCUUCAUCUUCUGUGGUUUUCUCUUGUUCGUUGCUCAUUUUGCAAUCGAUGUUGUUGUUACCAGUGUUGCGCGAGAAACACGUCAGCCGAGAAUUGCAUGCACCUCGCAAAAUGCACCCAGGUUAUAGUAGAGCGGUCAUGGAAAUGUACAAUUUAAAACCCAUACAAUUCAAAUUUUUUGGGCCAAACAGUGAUGAGUUGUGUUCCGGAAGUAAUUCUUAGUGGACAGGCACAACACCGGCAGCACUGGCAGCGCCAGCGACUCACUCCAUGUGCAGAACAUGUGCAGGGGCGUGGUUUCCUCCUCUCUAAUUUUGAUUGACGGCUGGCAGGGUAGUCUGAUUGGCAACUAAGUAAAAAACGAAUGUGAUUAGUGGAUCGCUGCACAGCAUAUGCAGAGUCACAUGCAGUGUAUGUCAGUCAGCUACCCUUGAAAUUAGAUGAGUUCAUUUGCCUUGUACAUCGCAGGCUCUGCGAUGUGACUAUCACACACAUGUACAUCUCGAGGACGAUGCUCAAAUGAUAUAUUGUGCAGCCCUAGACUUAGCCAAAAAUAAAACCCCAAUUAUUUUCUCUAAAAACAAUUUAAAUUUCAAUUUUUAUUUUUUAUUCAGUGUCAACUUCACCAAACUUCACUUUAAAAAUAAGUUUUUCUAUCUUUCAAAACGGAACAAAUGAAAACGAUGUAGUGCCAAGCCAGUAAGUGGGGCUGUAACGCUGCACAAAAGACAGAAGAAGAGCACGGAGCAUGGGUAUAAAGGUAGUUUUGGCUGGACAUGUGCAGGCACUAUGAAAGAGUUAUGCUGUGCAGAUAGGCAUUCACACGGAGAUGAAAUGGUAGUCGUUUAUGGAUUUAUGCACUCUCUGACCUGUUUUUAAAAAGUACUGUUUACAGUCACCCGAAACGCUGAUUCUGUGUGGAUGAAACGCCAACACAACAAAAAACUUUUGUGUUUACUCCUGAAUUCGUUUUCGUUUGGACUGGUUGAGAUACCGCCUCUUUAUAUGAAACUGUGAAAUCAUACCAAUUCCUCACAACUGACUUGCUCUUGCCCUAUUUAUCCACGAAAUUAUCGUCUACCUUUGCAAAUGUCAUGUUUGUUUACACUGGUGUGUGUGGGAACUGGGGAGUGCACCCGCAGAAAGGAGGAGCCUACGGUGGCCUGGAGGCGCGAGACAUGAUGGAGAGGAAAAUCAAUUUGACGAUUUUGAUUUUUUUUUAAACAUCAUAAUCAAAUAAUCGAUUAUUUGUUCAGCCCUACCUGACGCUCAUUUGUCUGUUCGCAGACUUAAGUCUCUGCCGUGUUGGUUAAAUGAGGAAAAUCUGAGCGAAAAAAAGGAUGAGCGGGAUGUCAAUAUGGCUCCAAAACGUCACAAAAUGUUGGAUAGGAGAACAGACAUGCAGAGGAACUUUGUUUUAGUGACACUCAGAAGUAGUGAAGUAGUGAAAAAUCAGCUCAUCUUUAGGUAUCUUUCAUGAAAUAAACCUUAUACUGAUGAUUUACUGAUACUAGCUGCAGAACACACAAGGGGAAUACUGGUGUUUAUUUUUGUUUGCUAAAGCAGUACACACUAAAACUCUGAAGAAAUUGAUCAGUUUAAUGUAUUUAAAUCUGUUUCUAAAAUGUAUUUCCUUCCUUUCUUGUGUGUGAGAGCAGACUCUCCCAGUGCGUUGCAUUGUUUAGCCACAUGUGCAAAACAAAACACGUUUCUGUCUCAGUUCCAUUAACUGCAGACCUAAACACUUACUGCCAUCAGGCCCUGAGGGGGGUCUGAGAGGGGGAGGUAACGGGGGAGUGGGGGAUGGAGGGAGAAGACAGAUGUGUUUAUAAAGACUGGAGGACGGAGGACAGACUCUGGUCUGAAAGAUAUUUGAGCUUGUUCAAACCAGCAGAGCCUCCAGCACGUCCAUCAUUACAAAUCCGUGUUCAGCAUUGUUCUUCUAACCUGCAGAUAACCUGUCUUCACUGCAUAGUUGUCGAAAACGGGUUCUGGCUGUUCUCCACAUCUGUUUUGUUGUCAACUGUGUCUUCCUGAAAACUUGCUGAGAGCAGAUAAAUAAUUUCUUUAGAGGAAAGAAAACGUUCAAAAGGUUAAAAAAAAGUUUCAGCAAGAGCAACAACAGCAGCAGCAGCAGAGUCUGAGAGGUGUCACUUACAUAAGAGUUAGAGAGUUUGGAAGGAACAGCCUGUUCCUAUGGAAUCUAUGCACUUAAUGAAAGAAAGGAGGAUUUUCAAAAGAGGAAUCACGUCAUGACAAAGGCAGAAGCUUAGGAGGGUUUUGGAAAGUUGGCUCUGACUCACCUUUCCCCAUAACUCUGCAUAGACAUCUUUAUAGUGUAAUUUAAACUACAGGACACAUAGUAAAAAAAAAAGUGACCUACAUAGACGCUUCUGGGAGAUGAAAGCGAAGAGGUCUGACUCGAAUCAGCGGUGACAAAAUCAACAAAGCAGCACAACAGGAACCCAUCAAACUUAGCUCCUCUCUGUUUCUCUCUUUGUUGUAAAUGACGAAGAAGAUAUAACAUAAAACAGAUUCACUGAUGGUGUCAUCCUUUUCACAAAUUUACAAAAAAAAAGCUGUGAAAAAAUGUGUCUGAAUGAUGAAUAGAGGCUUUCUUUUUUUACUUAGACCUGCAGGCUAUCAAAGUGUGUGGAGCACAGCAGCUGAAAUCACAGGGUUUUUUUUAUUUGUUUGUCUUUCUGGAUGUAGAACCUGGCGUGAAGACAGGCAGCAGUCCAGGCAAGAUCAGGAGAAGUCCACUGCAGGCCCUCUACAAUGGAGACGAGGUGAGAACACAGGCGCACAAACACCCACUACCUUUUUCAGCGCCUCACAGGGAAAAACUGUUAUCAAACUUUGAGAUAGACGUGUGCUCAAAAGUAGGUGUGUCCCAAAAAAGGACAAAAGAGGGUGAAUGUGAGAUUGAUAUUCAAUAGAUGAUAGAUGAGGAUAAACAUGAAAUUUAGAUGAAGAAGGAGUCAAUCUCCAAACCUCUUUACUCACUUUGAUCAGUCCUUAAGAACAAACUCUGUUUGAAUACAUGUUUCAUGAGUUAACCUUUACCCACAGCUCUGAACAGCUAAGUUUAAAAGUUUUCUUCUCCCCUCUGUAUCCCACCCGGGUCCUCUUCCAUCGCCCUGGUCACAUCCCUACAAGCAGCUGGACCUGUUGGCGGCGCAGAGGUCCCUCCAGGGUCGCAGGGAGCUGCUGGAGCAGGCGUGUCUGAGCCACACGAGGAAGCGGCAGGUGCUUUCCCCCGAGGAUCUCAAACACCUCAUUGUGGAUGAUAAGCACAGUCUUAUCUACUGCUACGUGCCUAAGGUUGGUUCAAGCGAGAUAAAGUGAUGGCUGAAAUUUCAGACUGCACCUGCACCCCUGGAGUGAAUAACAAAAAGGCUGAGAUAAUGUUAAGAUGAUGUGAUAUUUCCCCCCUCUUUGACUUUCAGGUGGCCUGCACCAACUGGAAGCGUGUCCUCAUGGUCCUCACCAGUGACGGCCGGUACACGGACCCCCUCUCUAUCCCUGCGAAUGAGGCUCAUGUGGCAGGUAACCUCCGCACACUCUCAGAGUUCUCGGUCCCUGAGAUAAACCAACGCCUGCGCAGCUACCUCAAGUUCAUCUUCGUGCGUGAGCCCUUCGAGCGCCUGGUCUCCGCCUACAGGAACAAGUUCACCCGUAGCUACAACACCGCUUUCCACAAACGCUACGGAACCAAGAUCAUCCGGCGGCACCGACCCGACCCAAAGCCUGAAGCACUGGAGAAAGGGAACGAUGUCACUUUCCGUGAGUUCGUGCAGUACCUUGUGGACCCGCGGACUCAACGCGAGGAGCCCUUUAAUGAGCACUGGGAGCGGGUGCACUCCCUCUGCCACCCGUGUCUGAUCCACUACGACGUGGUGGGGAAGUACGAGACUCUGGAGCCCGAUUCUCAGGCGGUGCUCAGGCUGGCUGGAGUGGAGGGGAUGCUCCAGUUUCCAACAUCUGGUAAGAGCACCAGAACCGAUGGAAACAUGGCAGCCCGCUUCUUUAAGCACAUCAGCCCUUUCUAUCAGAAGAAGCUGUUCAACGUGUACCGAAUGGACUUCCUACUCUUCAACUACUCCACACCGGAGUACCUCAGGACUUGAUGAGGAGCGGGGAAAGAGAAGUGACUCCAGUUUUCAUGAUGGACCCGUUUUCCACCAGACCCUGGUUUAAAGUGAUCGUUUUGCACUUUCUGGUGGCCUGCACUCUUGUGCGACUUUUUACCCCUUUCAUGGAGCGUCACCAGCACCUAUCACUGAGUGUCCACAGAGGGGUCUUCGAGAAGGACUCGAUUUUAACAUUGAAUGAAACGUUCUGAAGAAAAGCAGAUUUCUCACUUGGAAGAAAAGACAGUUUGUGCUGCGUCUCUUCUGAGGGUCUGCUUGCGUUAUGACGUGAUGGAACAAAAUGCAGACGAGGUCAUCCUGAAAGUGUGUUCUCUGCGUCUCUCUGGCUUGAGGUUCAUCUCAGUGCGAGUUUUCACCAACACAUAACUUUGUCUGACUAAGCAAACCCCUCUUUUUUUUUUUUUUUCAUUUCUCGUCAAUUCCACGUGGCUGUUGAGUCGGUGUGAUCCGCUCUGCCAGCAUCCCUGCAGUGCCCACUACAGUAAAGUUAUCCCUUGCCUUGCUUUUUUCGGAGAACUAAUGAGCCAUAAAUGAACGGCAGACUUCAGAGGAGCAGGUUCUCCUCUUGCCUGGGUGUGCAGGUGAAUGUGCCGACACAGCAGACGCAUUCAGAACACCUGGAGACCAAAAACUCUGGAGUGGAUUUAUUUAUGUUUGUCAGUGCGACUAUUUAUUGUUGUGGAAAUGUGUGAGAGUGGAAAUAUGGACUAAAAGUUUUGUGAGAAUGAUUUUUUUUAAAGAAUAAAGGAAGGUUGAAUUUCCUUUUCGAACAUUGGAGGAUGAUUGCUGUCUUGGCCUUUGCAUCACACAUCAAACCUGAGCUCAGAUAUCACCAGAUCCUGUCGUACGCGGCGCAGCAAUCACUUAACUUUCUGGGGAACUUGCAGUCACGUCUUAAUUCCAGUAAAGCAUGUUGCCAUCCCUCCUCUAUCGCUGUCUGUAUUUAGCUGUGGGCAGGUAGGCUGAACAAACAACCACAUAACUGUGGUCAGGGCUGGGUCCAGGCUGGAGCUGCCCCUGCUCAGAGCUCCCCUUGUUAGAAUGAAUGAAGGAUACAUGAGGGGUUAAUCAGCCUGCACUCAUCUCCACUGCAGGGCCUUGUUCAGCAAAUUUGACUGAAUUUAUGGUAAAUAAUGCCGAGGUUAGCAGAGGAAAAUACUGAAAAUGCUCUGCAGGGCUGGAAAAAAUCUGUUAUAACAAAUAUCUCUUAUAGUUUGAGCUUUAAAACAGCAUCUCCGUGGAUUUCACUGACAUGGCUCUGUAGACAAAUGAUAGGGAGAACUAGUUUAUGCAAAAGUUUAGUUAAUAUCUUGUAAAAUCAACCUGGUUUUUCAGGUUUUUUUUAUUUUGCCUUCAUUGCCUUUGGGAGCUGAAGUUUACAAGUUUGUAAGUUCAGAUAGAAGUGAGCCAUCCCUCCUUAAAUUUAGCUUGAAGCUGUUAACUGAAGGAAACAUUUGAUGCUGUUGGCACAUAAAAAUCCGUUCAUACAGCAUGUUCCGACUCUCAACUUAUCCAGCACGGUUUAAAGAGCAGGGUCACUGCACAAAUUACACACAGUUUGUUGCGUUCAUAUCAAGUCAAAAUGAAGGCGGUUGAGUUUCUGGAUGAAGACAGCAGGUUCUGACGUGGAGGAGUACCACAUGUUUAUUUUUUUGUUUAUUUUGUUUUAUACGGUGGCCCUGAGGAUCAGCUGCAGAAAAAUACUUGAAAUGCAUAAAUGGGAAAAAAUCUAUUAAUGAAAAAGUUUUAAAAAAUGCAAAAACAUUCAUAUUAAAAGUUUUAUUGAGGUCAUAAAAUGUUCUUGUGUACCUCUCAGGCCACCGUAGUGUAAUGCCAAAUCUAGCGACCAGUAAUAUUGUUUCGACUCUUGAGAUCUGUCACAUCCUGAAAGAAGGUGUUGUCCAAAAAAUGGACAAUUAAUCCAAUACGCUUCAAAACUGCUCAAUUCAGAGUUAAAGUUUUUCAGCCCUGACUGAGAAGAUCCCGGCGCCGCCCUGGUAAUAAAGACAGAUCUAACAUGAAUGACCUGGAGACCAAAACACUUGAAUCCUUCUUGACUUGACAUUUGCAGUCAUCUUUGCAGAUCUCAAAAGUCAACAUCCCCUUUAUUAAAGACAUGUCAGGAUGUCAGUUUAUGGCCUAAGUGUUUGCAGAAUUGUGCUGCUGCAUGUUGAGACAGGCUGCAUUUACAGAAAACUGUGUUGGUGUUAUCUCUCCAUCUUCUGCAUGUCUUCUGUGAAUUAUUUCAUUUUCUGACUGAUAUUGUUUGACAGGCCCGGACAAGCCAGCUCUGGAAACGUAGCUUUUUCUUUGCUUUGAGAAGUGCAAUAUUUCUGUGUGAGGAUCUGUGACGUGUUAAAGGCUGUGUUUUCUUUAUAUGUGACUUCCUCUUGUAUUCCAGCCUUAAAUAUGUGUCAUCUUGCCCGUGCCACAUUUUAUAUUUUCUGUUUGGCUCCGAUUGCAGCCGUGGAUUACAGGGUUUGAUUUUAAUACUCCCCUGUGUAGAGGUCUGUGAUCUAAACCAUUAUUUGUGAGGAGACGUGACUUGCCAAAAGCCAAUCACACCCUUUAUGUUAUGUAUCCGAGCUGGCUCAAUGACAUGCUGCACAAAAUACAUGUUUGUACCUUUUCAUUUCCUUUUUUUCUUUUUUUUUUUUUCCAACCCUGAAAAAUACAGAAACAAACAAGUAGCUCAUGAAUCUCACACACCCAGACGCUGCUGUGUCACACACACAGCUAGUCAGACUUUAGAGUAGAACAGUUCCCUGUGAGCUGAGUCAUUGUGAAAAGUGAACCGAGCACAAUCUGACAGAAUCUUUCAUGCACCGGUUUCUUUGUGCCACCUAACUGUGAAUGUGAAAAAGUCAAAACUGAAGUGCACUUGCUGAUGUAAUGAUUGAUAUGCUGGUAAUCUUGUCACCAAAUACAGUCCUUCAAAAGCAGAACCGUUUUCAUGUGGUGAUUUUGUUUUAUGGUUAUUGGUCUUUUAUCAAAAUCUGUGAGAUUUCCUCUUUUUGGUUUGUUUUUGUUUUUCUCUGUCAUUGUUUGAGAGGCCCUCCACAGAUCAGACCUAAAAGAUGGACCUGCUUUCUUCUCACAUCACUGCAGUCCUUAUAAACGUAGUGGGCAGCAUAAAAACUGGAGGAAAAAACAGAUUUCAUCUAACCCUUUAUUUUGAAAUCCUAUUCGUCCUACAAACACCUCAUUUCUCAGAUUUGACCUUCUAGAUUUGAUCUGAUCAGACUGUUUUUAAGCCUCUGGAAACUGUAUUUAUGAACCUUUUCUCUCUUUGUUUUGCAAGAGAAAACUUUGACUCAAACUCGACCUGGCCAGUACAGAACAGUACACAGGAUGAUGGAUGCUGCUUUGGACAAUAUCCCAUGGGUGUGUCACUUGACUCUAACCCUCUGAUACGUAAGGAAAAGGCUUUAAACUCUAGCUGUUGUGCAAAGUCAUUAAGUAGUACAAUUCCUGGCUGAUAUCAUUUCUUAAAGGGAUAUUCCAGCACAAAUUUAAAUUAUGGUCAAACACACCGUAACACCGAGUUAGACACCCCCCGGAGAGAUGAAUGUUGCUGACCGAUUGCUUCUCUAGCCAUACCAACUUCAACGACCACAGCAAUACACAGCGGUCUACAUCUCCAUGUGCAAGCCCUCAACCUACACGCCACUCUAUAGCCACAAAUAAUGCUCAGAACAGCACCUAACUACAUCAACAGUACAUACAGGGUCCAGCCAUAGUACUAGCCACCAAACAUCUUUUUAGCUUUGCCUGGUUUCUUUAACAAAGAGACUAAACACAAUUCACCCACUCUCUUCCAGCAGUCGCUUGUUUGUAGGGGAGCCCUGACGAGUCGAUUACUGAGUGCAGCAGAGUUCUGCAGCUCAAGUAAGAACAUUUAUGAUCAUUACUUCAUGGAAAUGCAAUGAGACCGAGAUGCUAAGACAAAAGAACUAACUCUUCUACAGUGCAAAAUGAGUAUUAUGAUUUUACUUCAUGGAAAUAAUCCGCUGCACUCGGUGAUCGAUUCGUCAGGGCUCCCCCACAAACAAACGGCUGCUGGAGGAGAUUAGGUGAGUUGUGGCUUUUGUGGCACCAGAGUCAGAGAUCACAGAUCAAAAGCAUAUACAGUAUUCAAUGAAGUCAUCAAACCCCAGAUUUCCUCACACUGUUGGUUUUUAUUAAAAUAUAACUUCAUAGCCACAAAAUCACAUGGAACAUUCACCAAACAUUAGUCAUACUUUUGAUUCCCCACUUGAUCUUUGCACAGACAGAAGAAGGUCACAUAGUGAAGGUGAGAGAGCAUGGUGACAGUGAGCACAGAGAGAUCAGAGACCGAGGGCUUCUGUAGAGUCUGAAUGUGGCAGUGUCAACACUGAAGUACUCCACACUUCGCUUACAGAACAAAAACAAAGACUGAAGCAACAUUUCAAUAAAGCUGCUGCUUUUUUCAGGUUGUAGAUGAAUAUAAGACACAUUUGACAUUAACGGUAUUAUCAAGGCAACCUUAAGCUACUAUUAAAACAACAGUGCAAGUUUGCCAACAGGUAUAUUCAGCUCCUGUACAUACUAAGUGUUUAAAAAGGGCUGGACGGUUGACCAAAAUAUCAGAGAUGGUUUGACAUUUUAAAAAACAUCAACAUUCACUCAACCGAUGAGGGCUAAACAUGAAAACUGAUUACAGUAGGAAAAAACUAGCCUGUCUUUGUCUAAGUCUGACUCAUCACUACUCUGAAACAUUUUUUUUUUGAGACGUACAUAAAAAGAAAUUUAAAACAAGCAACCAAUUGUCCCGCUGGACCAAAAAGAGAGGUAACAAUAGAUUCAUGAUGACAGCUGUGACUUCUGGGCAGGGAGUGAAAUUUGAACACUAGAAGCCAAAGUUCUGAGUUUCACUUUUUAAGGAAACAUGCCUUUAAAAAAGUCAGACUGCUUGAACUGUAGCAUCCUUGUGUGUGCGCUCGGCCUUUGUGAGUAGGUUUUUACAAUAUUCCUGUCACGCUUCAGCUCUCAUGUGAUCUAGUACUUCAAGGGAAAAAAAAAUCAACAUUUUCCAAUAUUUUUUCAAGUGAUCUUCCCUUAAAACACUCAAAUAGUGGACCACAUGACACACUUCUCAUUGAUCAUGUGUUUGAAGGUUAAAUUUGUAUAUUUUGUUUCAUUAUAACACAGUCGAUGAUGACAAAAGAUGAUCAAUUUCUAGACUCAAACCAGUAUCAAUCUUAAACUCUCAUUUCAAAAACUGUGACCUUAUUUUCUCUUAACUGAUUAGAAGAUUAUUUAUACUCAUUACGAGCAAAUCAAGACUUAUUUCAGGCAUGUAACACAUUUAAUGGGGACCUUUUCCUGAACUUAAUGAAUGCAUUUGGCUUAAAUUAAUCCAAUGAGACAUUUUUACCAGAAAUACGACUAAAACACCUGCUAAGAUUUGAGCUUUUUCCAGUGAGCAAACACAACCAAUGUAACCAUGGAUGUAAAAUUAGUGGUCAUUACAUUCAUUGUUGUCUAUGUAAUUGUGAGGGUGUAUAAUGAUGUUAAAAUAUGAUGGUAAAUCGUCCAGCCCCUCAGAUUAAGACACACUGAUGUGCUGGUAAAACACAACCUUAGCUGUGGUCUAGUUCUCACAGUAUCACAGUUUACACACGGAUCACAUACAGUAAGACAGAGUGACAUAAACUGUGAUUCAGUUAGUUCAAUAUUUCAUCACCUUCUAGUGUAAAAAGUACUGUGUAACAGUGUCACAAUAAAAGCUUUUAGCAAAGCACUAUCAACACUGAAAUACCUCAAAUAAAAGAUCAUUUACCCACAAGACUGGCUGGUUUGAAAACCCUUACAUUUCAGUGUCUAUUAGUUAGUUUAUUUUUUCCUUCAAAAAAUAGAUCUUACUAGUUUUAGCAAACAGCAGAAAUGUACCUUGUGACUUCAUGAGUGCAUCAACACACAUUUGUUUUCAGUUCUUUUGAAAUUGUGUUGUGAUCUUUAGGACAUCAAGAUUAACAGCAAAGACAGAGAUAUAGCCAGUGUGCUUCAGAUGUCCUCUGUAGAUGAAAUACCACCUUUAAUGCAGUUAAAGGUUUUUUAUUUUUAUUUUACUCAUGAAAGUCAAACACUCUUUUGUAACUCCCUGUAAACGGGAACAGUGAAUAUUCAGAUAUAAGAAUGCAAAGACAUGACUUUUCUGUGAAAUAUGUUUGGACUGUUCGUUGGACAGGUUUUUCCUCUAUGGUGCAAACAUCUUCACUUGAGUAAAAACUGAAGGGUAUCUUACAUCUUUCUGGGUUUGCUGAGACACAAAGUCAAAUAGGGAAAGAGUUAGAAACUGAGGGGGAAACAUAAGUCCGAAGACAUUCUGAUGAGGUUUGAUGGUUUUGAGACAAACAGUAAGGCUUUGACACCCCUUCAUUAAAGGGACUGUAAAUAUCAAGUAGUGAGAGAAUAUCCAAGUAUCUGCAGCUGCAAAGUUAAUGUCAGAACAUAAAUAAGGGGUCAGGGGUGAAAGACACAUGCACGGGAAUCUUCUGUUUUCGGUUUGUUUUGUUUUUGCAGCACAAAUAAAGACUAAACUGCAGCAUUUUCUCUCUCGGUUUAGUGUCUGCUACAGAUAUAGUGAGAGGUGUUCACACAGUGCUUUGGCACACAAUCUCUUUAGUGUUUGGACCUUAAAAACUAUAUUAAGUAUGAUGUAGAAUCUAGAAUAAAAUCACUCUUAUUCAUAUUAACAAUGUUUUGUUUGCACGUGCCUUGCCGAUAAAACUGUCCACUCAUUGCAACAUAAAGUAACAAAUCGUCUGCAUAUCGGUAGAUCUGGAGUUUAUAUGAUGGAUCAUGGGGCUAAGCUGUAGUUGCACAACAUAAAUAAAUUACAUUCACCUGUUUGGUAUUUUGGAGACUUUUUCAAAUGAUUUUUACAGUAGAGUGGAAUAAGUUUAGAGAAAGAAGAAGAGCUCCUGUUGCAUGGAUGAGCUCAACAAAAGAUUUGUGCGAACACUGAAAAUCCUUUGUACCUCAAAGACAUUUGAAUUUUAAGAAAAUAUGUAUGUUUACCUUGUCAAAAGUUAGAUGACAGAACUGCUACAUUUCCUGAAUGUCAAACAGUUUCUUUGAGAUUUUAAAAACUCCUGUGAUUAGUCAGAACAAAUGUUUCAUUCUGUGUAAAUUCAGAAGGUAGAUUAACAUCAGUAGUCUUAAUGCAAAUGUUAUUUAUAACCUGCUGGUGGGUACCCUACCUCUAAACCCUGUGCUAACCACAACACUCUACCCUGUUUUACCUAACCCUACUACACCAUAUCCUACCCAAGCCUAAUAAACUGUACCACACUCUGUCUCCCUAUCCUACCCUACCCUCCCCAACCUAUGUGUAUCGUACCCUCCCCUAUUCAACCCCACCAUAUAACCCUACUGAAUGCCGAGGUCAAACUCCAUUACUUCAUUUUAAAUACAGCCCUAAAUAUUGACCAAUGAGAGCACAGCACUAAAAUAACCAGACCACAUGGUGAUGAAAGAAAGGCAAUCCUUUCCUGAACUAUGAGACAGAGUAGAAGCUUGUCAAGCUCUGGCAACAACAUCCCUGCCUGUGUGAUAUGUCAUCAACCACAACAGACCCGAAACAGUGUAAAGACAACAUUGUUGAUGACGCAGUUGAGAUGUCAUCUAGCCCCGAUGGCCAGGCUGAUUGGACUUGUAUCAUCCUGUAGUCUGACAGUCAAGUUCUGGCCUGAUUUGAGGGUUCUAUGAUUGCCAAAUUUGACAUGAUAAUGAAGUCUGACCUCGGCAUUAUCUUAUUCGAUCCUACUCCACCAUAACAACUCUUGUUGUAAUAUCAAAACCUCCAGCCCAUUCCAGGAAUAACUGUUCCUCCUCUUUGAAAUGGUACUUGUGCAGGAGUCCCUGUCUGAAGUACCUGUUCUUGGGUUAAAGGUUCUCCCAAAUCACUUUACAGACUAUGUUAUGAAAUAGAUAUGAAAGUUCACUGCAUGAAAUUUAUGAAGAUUCAAGUUUUUCAUGAGAUGACAUUCCCCUGUGUGUAGCACGUAUGAAACCUGAUUUCUAAUGAACAGAUAAUCUGUUCCACUCACUCCUUUUUCCAGAUAAAUCCUCUGUUUCAAAAGUCGAGGGUCUGCACGUUAGAAACACAAAAAAAUACAAGUUACCUUCCUUCAACAGCCUCUAGUCUGACUGCAUAGAACAUCCCACUCUCACAUGGACUGCUUUAAGUGACAGUUUCUUUUUUUGUUGUUGUCAUCAUUGUCUUUUUUUCUUGGUUGUACAGCUGCUACAUUUUCUGAUGAAAUUAAAGAGCUGACGGGUGAGAUGAGUUAAGCUCAGAGCCAGCCAGCUCAUAUGAAGUGCAGGAAGACUGAUAGAGAGCUGUAAAGAGGAAUGGUAACAAAAUAAAGUUGAACACACCACGGGAGAUGUUGUGAAAACCAGUUAAUACUAAAAAGCUUUUUGCCCUCAAAUAAAAGGAUGACAUUAGUUUGAGGUGUUCCCAGAGCAAAUACCUCAUCCAGAUAGACGUGUCAGGUAGUCAGGUGUCUUUCCAUCCCGGUAAAGAAUUCGAAGGUGUAACAGAUUCCUCUGUAUGAACUUGCCCAGAGAUAACAAUCAGAUAAUGCCUCAUUGUCCGACCAAAAGUAUCUCUGAGCAAAUGUAACAACAUGGUGCAAUAAGACGGAGGCUGGCAAAGAGUUUGACGAUGAGCGGGAAAACUCAGAGACCAAGACUCUGAACCAAUGAGACGCAGCGGAAGCACAGAGCCAGAAAGCCCGUGCCCAGCAGGUCACCCAGAGCGGUCAGGUAGGGGAUGGAGAAGUUGUCGGGGUCCAGACUCCGUCUCCACAUCACUCGGAUGAUGAGGUCUGCAACAUAGAGGAGGAUGGCCACCUGGAGGGAGAAGUUUCUGAUUAACCAAAAAUCUUUCAGUUUUGAUCACAAUGGGUACAGAUACAGUGAGUAGAAAUAAGAGCUUUUAGCAAUAUCCAGCAGUCUGAUUUUGAAUAGGAAAACUCCCUUGCUCGCCCCUCCAGUUAAUGAAAUGAGGAUGGCCUUCAAAGACCAGAAACUCCUAUGAUACCACUAAAAACAUGAUACAAAUUCUUCAGCUCAAAUCCUCCUUCUUUCUCUUCAUCUUGCAUCUUCUAAACCUGUUCUGUUGAAUUAGGCUAAAAUCCACACACUGUUUGGUCUCAGGACUUUUCUCUAAUCUGUUAACAACCAAAAAUGGACCUCAAGAAAACAAAGUUCCAGAUGCAUGUGGGUUUUAAAAGAAGAUGACUCAGGCUUAAGCUGUUUUAGGAUAAUUAAGAGGACAUAAACUUGAUUGAGACAGCCCGUAUUUUGAUUGAGUUUAUGUGUGUGAAAACUGCCACCCAGACUCCACAGUUAGCCACACCCAAAUGCAUACUCAGGUUAAUUAUCUGCUUUGCUCUCAUCGGACCAUUUAAGCACGACUGUGCAAAGAGACAGCUCCAUAAUUUUGAUUGUGACUAUAAAAUCAUUUUGAAAAUGUCAACCGGGGUUAUAAAUCUGAGAGUGAGGGCAAUAGUUUUUAUAAACACGCAUAAUUAAACUUCUUUUGCAAAGACUAUGUGAAAACAUGGAUGGAUACAUAGCUUCCUACAAGUGAAACCAAAACAUUUACAGUUGCCCCUGAUGACUGGCUGCAGCGCAGUGCAUCAAGCUGUUUCCUCCUAAUAAAAAGUGGUCUAACCCUGUCUCUGUUGACAAAUAAAGCAGGAGUAAGCGAAGGUGAAUCAUCCAUCUUUAUAUGCACUAAUAUUUGUAACUACUUCAGUUUCCUCUUGCUGGUCAUUGAAAAGAGUUUAUUGUUCAUAUUUAAGGUUACUUCAGUUCAUUUUACUGAACAGUGGCGGUACAAUCCAGCGGGUGAGUGACUCUCUGCUGCUCACUCUGGCUUUCUGUGAGUGUUUUUCUGUCUCCUGCUGUGUUAUGAAGUGUAAUGAUCCAGGCAUGCGAUCUCAACAUGAGUUAUGUCUUCGGAGCAGUUAGAUUAUUCUAGGACAACGUCAGAUGUCCUGGACUCUGGAGGACAUUAAAAUUUGAUUUUAGCCCUCAAAGAUCAGAAAGAUUGUCACUGAUCCGUGCAGGAGAACCAACUAUCUAAUUUAGCGCAAUCAUAUAAACAAUACUGUCAAACAUCGCAUGUUGAACAAGUUUCAGAUUUUACUAACUCCUAGCAGCUGGUUUGUUUAGAAAGUCAAAAAGGUUAGGUGUGGCAGGACUCAGUGGUGUCCUUUGGUUCAGUCCUGGAACAAAUCUGAGUCUCAGUGAGCUGCUGAAACACCAGCACCUGGCAGCUGAUCAUUUCACAGUUUGGUAACAGGUAGUCUGUCCGCUCAUAACUCUCUGAUGAUUCUGUUUCUGCAGAGUGAAUCAGAGUGUCGUGUGAAACAUCUGGGCCAGGUGAAGGCCGGUGAGUUCAUGAGAAACUAAUCAGUGUUUAUGAUCUCAGAGUCUGUGUUUGAAGUGAGUCACUUUACCUGGAACAGCGCAGCACACAGGUAACAGAUGGUGAAGGCGACAGAGAUAGGAGCCUCAUCUCCCUGCAGCAGAGAGAUGGCGUAAAGGAAGACCAGAUGACCGGGGAUAACCAGCAUCAGGAGCACCCGGGCUGACUUGGAGUUCACCCCUUAGAGAAACAGAGAGGAGGAACAGCUCUUGAACUCAGUCGGGGCCAGAAUCUUAGGAAAUCAGCAGCUGUUUCCACGUGAUUUCAUGAACAAACUUCAUGACUAAUUUGGGCACCAAAUUUGUGCGUGUGAACAAAGGUACUUGUUCUUUAUUAACUACCUCGAAAUAGUAAAGUGUUUACCUUCUUCACGUCUCUUUACACAAAUUUAACUUAGGAAAUGGGGAAAGUUGCCUCGCCCUAUGCAAAUGAGCCAAAAUUUAACAGUGUGAUUCACAAACACCAGCACUUUUGUAGCCACGUGCAGUCUGGGUGAAAUCCUGGGUUUCUUGGUAACUUCAGUGCAUUCAUAACCUCUCUCUCCACAGAUCAGGUCAGCAGUGGCCGCAGGGAUAUGUCGGCUGCUGAAGGAUAUGUCUUUUUGAUUUACUGCCAUUGGCCUGCGCACGUAUUCUCACACAACCAUCCACACAAAUUACACCCUGCUGCAAAAUUAUGCGAGUGCAACAUCAUAUGAGUCAACUCAAACCUCGACACUGAGCAGGUUUUUCUUAUUGCCUCUAUCCAUCUUUAUCAUUUCCACUGAUGAUUUUAUUUUCAUGCAUGUCAGACACAACCCCACAACAGGUGACGUCAGUUUCAUUUUUGACAUUUGAUAUUUUGAAGCCACUGAGAGUUAAGCUUCAAUUUCUCUUUGUCUGGUGAUGAUGAUGAUGCAGCUGAGGGUGAAUGUUUUAUGCCUCUAUAUUAUGACUUUUAUCUGCAAAAAUCCAGAUACAAGAGUUGUAAAUCUUGUCACUGAUGUGUCAUAGUUGUUUUCUGCCUGUCUUCUGACUGUGCUACCUGAGGAGAAGAAGGUGAUGCAGGGAUUGGGCCAGUUCUGCCUCAUCUUGUAGGGAAGCACACCGGGGAUGCUCCAAAAGUGCAGGUACGUGGAGAUCCUGCUGGCCUGGAUAGCCACCAAGUUCCCCCCGACACCUACGCAGGAGGAAAGAAGAGACAAGAGUUCAUCAGCACUGAUUGACAUGUUAGUAUCUAAAGACAGCAGAGCAACAACUUCAAUCUACUGCUUGCAACCCUCAUUGUUGUGUUUAAAAACAAAAUUUGCGUGUCCUGAACUCAUCAUUAUCAUUGCAUCAUUAUCAACUAAAAAACAAAGCUCUCCUUGCCAAAGGAGGGUAAACAACUUUAAAAUCAGCUUCACUUCAUCUUUUCAUCGCCUGCACACAAAUUAAUGACUCAAGCUUGGCUCAGCUAUUCACUCAGGCAGGGGUUUGCAGAGACACAGCCCAUAUUAACAAGCCUCCGAGGCCGAAGAACAGCUGAAAUCUGGCCGCUGGAGUCAGAAUCAAAACACAAACAAAAGCUACACUCGAUAUAUCACGGAGGGACAAAAGAGACACGCGCGUAUGGAAAGCAGAUUGACCUUAAGCAGCCAUAAUGUUCCAACAGUGAAAUGUGACUCUGGUUGUGCAGAAAGCAUUAUGUGCUGCUCAGAUGGACGACGUUUUUCUGCCUGACUUUGUGUCAAGAUGCUGGAUCAGCUUGAGAAGUCAUUUACAUCUUUUUCAAUCUGUCCCAGAUGUGUCCUCCCUCAAAGCAAAUCAGCUCACCAGGGUUAACUGUGAGAGAUAUUAGAUAAGAUUAUAUUCGCUCACUCUUGGGUUGAGCCUUUAUUUUUUAUCUACAUUUGUCAAAGCAGCAUUUUCGCCUGAAUUCAAAAAAACAACUUCUCCAGAGCUUACCAGUCCAUUUUAAUUUGGGUGCUGCUGACAAGGAAAUGUGCCUAAUUCAGUUACAUCAAACACCUAACCAAGAAUGUACCCAAAACAACUGCACACAUGUUCUUUUCAAAGAUGGGAAACACUUCAGGGGACUUUUGGUCAACUAUAAUAGUGGUUUAUAUGCAAACCAGGGAGGGAAAAUGGGAAACUCAAACCAGAUUUGUGAAUUUGGAAUUCAACAGUGUUGCACAGAGAGCAAGAAAAAAGAGGGAUGGAGACACAGCAGGAAGAUGGGCAGAGACUAAAUGAGAAACAGUGACAGUGAGCCCCGAUGGUUAUUAGAAGCUGCUGUCAGCUGUGCCAGGACGCUGGGUGUGUACUAUUAGUGGUUUAUAUUGACUCCUCUCCUAUGCUCAGAGGAUCCGUGCAUGCAUCUCCUCCCAGCCAAACCACUUAUUCUGAAGCUGCUUCUCUUUUGCCUCCACUUUCCUGUGUCUCCAGGCAUUUUCACCAUCCACAACAGCUUUAUGAGGAGAAAAUCUGUUUUUAAUGAGCAGAAGUAACUAUAGACUUUCAUUCAUUGUUACAUUCUCUGAUUUUUUGCAGCUCAUUGGACUGCUCUCUUGGAGGGAAGAGCCCCAUGCAAACCUAAAAGGUCAAAUUAAGCUGCAAAUGGGUUGUUGAUCACAAUGUUUUCUCCAUCUCCUCACUCCUUUCCAGGACCGAAUUGAUACCAUGAAAAAAUUGAUCCUCCCACUCUUGCACAAGAAUAAACAUACUGCAUGGACCACAUAUGAGGAAAACGUGGCUUUCUGGUGAAAGAGUGGAGCCAAUGAGAACUGUCAUUCUUUUUAACGGCCAACAGGGGGCAACAAAGCUUAUUUCUUCAGGGUUCAUGGAAGUUGAUAAGAACCUCAGCCUACUUCUUGCAUGAUUUACCAGCAAGGUGACAAAUGCUCUAAACUCUGAGUUUCUUACCCUCUUUAAAAAGUCAAAUGCUCAAACAGAGAAAAAAAAUUAAAGUUCAUCAAAAGUUGCAUCACAUGUAGAGUCACUUCUCAAAAACCUAUGAACUCUUCUUACGAGAAACAGCCUAUAUGUUUGAACUCCUCUGAUGACUUGAACGCUUUUACUGUAACUUUCUGAUGUCAUCCAGGCAUACUUACACAAAAGUGCAUUUUCCAGUGAGUCACCACAUAAAACUGCACAACCACACGGUAUAGCUUGUGAGUAAGAAAAUGAGUUUCAGAGGGAGGAUAAAGGAAAAAUGAGGAAGGAGGGAACUCAGAAUUAAAUUUGACAAAACUCAGGUACCCUGUAGGGGAUUUAGAGAUGCACUCAAGACCACAACUCACUGCAGCCUGAGUGAAAGGCAUUAUUAUUCAGUUCAGAGGUGGACUUUCUGUCAAUACUUUAGUUGGUAUGCUGGAAGUAUUCAUGGGAGAAACACCAAAGGAGCACAACCUGUACUUCUGAUGUCAUUUUAAUUCUGAUUCAGGAGCAGGUUUUAACUGGAAAAUCAAAUCUGUCUGUCCUUGUGCGGGUUUAUCUGAUUUCUGCAGUAUAUCUGACUGGAUUAUAAAACCAGCACACGCUGUUAAACACUUUCUCAGACAUCAGUCCCUCAAAGAUUCUGCAGGACUUUUCAGUGACUGCUGCAGCCUGAAGGAUCGGCUUUUUACCAGCUUUUUAAAAAAUAGUCUAAAGGCAAGUUAUUAUUUUCCAAGAGAUUGUGUUUGUUUUGAACAGCUGUGGGACAAGAAAGCCAUCUAUUAGGUAAAUGAGCUGUCUUUUCUUAAGGUCAGUUUUUAUACCAAGAUAAAGAUGCUCCUAAGCUUCUAGUACCAUGACUGUGUGCACAAAAGUUCAAACUAAUAUAUUAUCAAAGAUAAUUUUAUCAAAGAUAUAUAAUAUAUAUUAUCUAGAUAAUAUAGAUAAUAUAUAUAUAUUCACAUAUUUAUCAAAGAUGAUUAUGAUAAAUCUAAAAUUUGAUAUUUUUAUCAUAGUAUACCAUGAUAUUUAGAUCAUACAAUACUAUGAUAUUUUUAUCAUACUAUGCUAUGACAUUUUUUUCAUACCACAAUAUGACAUUUUUUAUCAUACUUUACUAUGACAUUCCUCUCGUACUAUUUAAUGACAUUUUUUCAUAGUUUAUUAUGCCGUUUUUUUAUCAUAUACUAUCACACUUUUAACAUACUUAACUAUGAUUUGUUUUGAUGAAAUAAUAUGAUACUUUGUCGUACUAUAAUAUGAAUUAAUUAACAUACUAUAGAUUAUUAUAUACAAAGACAUUUUUUUCAUACUACAACAUGAUAUUUAAAUCAUACUGUACGAUGACAUUUUUAACAUACCAAACAAAGAUAUUUUGACAUACUAUACUACUAUAUCUUUUGGGGAACUUAACUAUGAUUUUUUUUCAUAAUAUAAUGUGAUCGGUUUAUCACACUGUACUUUGAUUUUAUUAUCAAACCUUUCAAAUACUUUUUUAUCAUACAAUAGUAUGAUAUUUUAAUUAUACUAUACUAUGUUAUAUUUGUCAAACCAUACCAUGACAUGUUUUACAUACUUAAAUGAUAUAUUUUUAUCAUAACAUACUCUGACAUCUUUAGCAUACUGUACUAUAAUAUUAUUACAUACAAUACAGCGAUAUUUCAUAAUACUUAACUAUGAUUUUAUUUAACAAACAAUACUAUGACAUUUUUUUCAUACCAUAAUAUGACAUUUUUUAUCAUACUUUACUAUGACAUUCUUCUCGUACUAUUAAAGACAUUUUUUCAUAGUAUAUUAUGCCAUCUUUAUCAUACUAUACACACACAGGGUAUGACUGUGUGAGUGAAUGAAUGAUGUAUCUAAUGUAAAGCGCUUUGAGGGUCUCCGAUAAAGCGCUAAAUGAAAUCUGAUGCAUUAUCAUCAUCAUUAUUAUUAUUAUUUUUUUUUUUUCAUACUACAAUGUGAUAUUUUUAUUAUACUAUACUAAGAUAUUUUUUUUUAUAUAGAUAUUACUUUGAUUUUUCUAAUCAUGAUGAUAGGUCAGUGCUGACCAACAUCUUUAACAAAGUCUGUAGUUGUCAGAAAUGCUGAGCUUCUGAUUGGGCAGAGACUUCACAUAAGGCACCAGGAUGAGGUGAAGUGGCUGUCUGGCAGUUACAGACACAAAUAAAUGCUCACAAAAACUCUGAGCAAUAAACCGCUAAAAACGUCUUUUAGCUUUAAUUAUCUGCUUACCGUUUAUAACAGGUGUGAAGACCGCCAUGCCCUUAAAGUUGGGAUCACUCACUGUCUUGUCCAGGAUAAGGCCUCCAAAACUGGAGAUCACAAACACAGAGGAAAUCAGAGGAACCACAUGCAGCCUGUGCCAAAAAGAAACCUUUCAGCUGAGAGCUAAUCCUGUUUUCAUGGAUUUAAUUACCAAUUCAGAGUGCUGACUGAUUUUUCUCAUUAAACACUUUACAAUCUGGAUGGAUUAGCCUGCCAGACUAAUCUGCAGUGAUAACUUGGUUUAGUUCUUAUUUAAUUACAAACUGCUUGGGUAAUAAUUGAAAACAUUUAUCCAAAAUGAUUUCCAAAACACGGCAUACUUCCAGAGUAAGCUACUACACAGAGUUAAUUUGAAACAUACUUUAACUAUAAACAUGAUUGAGGUGCCACAAGAAAAUAUAAUAUUAAAAGUGGAGCAGAUUUUGAGUCUUUACCUGCUGAUGGACAUGGCGACGAUGACAGGCUGCCACCCUGAGCGCAGAACCUCCCUUAUCUGAGGACUCUGUCGAGCCACCAGCACCCACAACGGGAUCAGGGCCAAGAAGACCAGACACACCAGGGGGGAGAGGUACCAAACGUCUGAGAGAGAUGAGCACAGUGCGGUGAGGACAUAAAAACAGAUACUCUUGUUUUUUUCAACACUCUGCCAUGCAACAACAUGCACAGAAGAAUUUGUUUAUAAUCUGAUGCUUCAAUAAAAACAGCCUCAGCUGAGAGUCUUUGAGCCGAGCUGCUGCAAACAUGAUCUUGUUUGAGAUUCUUAAAGUGUUCAAGCUUUAUAAGGUUUUUAAUGGGGCAGCAGUUUUCAGAGGAGGUCUCCUCAUUUAAGAAAACUAGUAAAAUCCCAGCAGCUUUACUCUGAUGCUCUCAGGCAAACACAGAGAGGGAGAAAUGAGUCAAAAAUUAUUCUCCCUAGAGAGUAAGUCCCCUUUAAUUAUGACUAUGACUAUAAUAAUUAUCAGGAACAGUUAAACCAAAGCACACCUUCAUACAGUGAUAGCAAACAAUUGAUCUGAUACAGAGAAAGCUGUGCAUUAUUUUCUAGGUUCGUAUUUUCGACCAGCGGUUCUCAAGUCCAGUCCUCGAGGCCCACUGUCCUGCAUGUUUUGGAUGUUUCCCUGCUCCAACACACCUGAUUCAUAUGAUUAGCUCGUUAUUAAGCCAUUACAGAGCUUGAUAACGAGCUGAUCAUUUGGAUCAGGUGUGUCAGACUUGAGAACCACUGUUUUAAACCAUAACUGGACUGCAAAAACUCUUCAAUAAAGGUAUCGUGAAGGAGGAGUUUAAUCAGGGUUUAUUUUGGCCUAUCUCAAAAGCUUCUCUUUGAUGACUUCUCAACAAAAUAUUUUACAAACUUUAAAGCUUUAAAGCUCCUGUGAGGAGGAUUUUGUCGGUGUUGAUUUUUGGCGCCUCAAGUGGACAAAACAGUCCAUGAUAUCUUUUCCCUGAUUUUGUCCUUGGUAAGUAUUAGUUUUAAACCUCACUGCGCUUUAUUCUAACAGACAUAUUAAUGACUCAAAGGAAAUCUACGACAAUGAAAAUGUGGAUAAAAGAUUCAGUAUGCAGCAGGCAGUCAAAUACUACACCUGAAACCCUCUCCACAUCAGCUGUUUCAGACUUAAAAAACAGCAUUUUCAGAGCAGUCAACCUUUACACUGAUGGUUUAGUUUGUUUUUCCAGCACUUUCAGAGGCAUUAAUAUAUAUUCCAGUCUGUUUUAUGACCAGCUAAAAACUGCAGUGAUUUUUUCUUGAACAAGCUCCAUACUUUGAUCAAUUUAAAGUCACUUCAGUUUGAAGCUUGAACAUCUUUGCACCCACAUUUGGAGCACAGGGAGGUUAGACCAUCCAUUUUUUAAGAUGGGAAAAAAACAGAAUGAUCAAAAGUUUUAUUUUAAAAAAUAAGAGCAGACAUCAUGGAGCCACAAUGCUUUGAGUCAGUGUUGGUUCCCAAACACACAAACACACACUGUGAUGAGCUGUCUGGGAUGAUAUGUAUGAAUUCUGCUGCCAUCUUGUGUUCUGAUUGUCAAACUUUUGACAAACUUAAAAUGAUGUUCAAAUCCUCCCUCUCAUUUCACCGGAUAUCAAAACUCUUUUACAAUCAAUCUUCCUCACAAUAAAUAUUUCUACAAUCAAAGCCUUGGCUUAAGAGAUAAAUGUCCAAAUUAAUGUCCAACAUAAAUCACAGCUGAGGUCUGAAUUCUCUCCCUCCCCCCUGCAGUAUUUCUGUGUCAUCAUCUCACCCCUGUAUUCAUAGAGCGUGCUGCUGACCCCGGCCAGCAGGGACAGGGUUAUUAGAUCCCCCAGACUGGCGGCAAUGGGGGUGGCCACGUUGUCAGGGUUGAUCCCCACCUUCCUGGAGCCAAUGAUCACUCCAAUCAUCACCAGACCUGUAGGGAAGGAGGAGGAGGAGAGGAGAGAGGGACAAGACAGUAUGAAACAAGGUGUCAAAGAAAAAGUAACUCAAGAAUGAUUCUUGGUCCGAGUUACAGGACACCAAUGAUGACAAAAGUUUAAGAAAAUCUUAGAAUAAAAAACACUUUCAGAUUGCAAUCCAGCCUGAAUGAGUAGAGACAGAACAAGACAAAAACAAGUAACAGGUACAAACAAACACGAUGAAAUAAUGAAUUUAAAAUGUGUCUCCUGCUGUGCUCUAGCUCUAGACUUUCACAAAAACUCAAACAGGUCAAGUGAGGUCGCCUCAAGCUCCAUAUCUUUGCAUUGCUCUAACAUAUUUAUGAUAAAAUGAAUUAUGGAUGAUUCAGUGAGGACAAGGGGUUAUAUGGGGACAGGUGCACCUGCUGCUACAUCUGUGUGUGCCUGAAAUGAAUGCACGAUGGGUAGAUAUUAACCUUUGUUCAAAAUAACACCAGAUGUUUCUUUCUGCUUUGAAAUCAGAGAUCAUGAAAUAGGUGUCUGUCUCCUUAUCGCACUCUCUUGACAAAGAGAUUGAGGGUCUUUAAAGUAAAAGGCAAAUGAAGAUCAGGUUGGCUCAGAAUCAAAGAUAAAAAUGCUGUUUAGUAAUCUAAGAUGAGAAAUACUCAUUUGAUUUCAGAUUUUGAUCUAUGUUACCAAUCCAUUAUCGCUCAGUCAGGGGAAAAUAUACUUUAAUAACCUCUUGGACAAAGUAAAAAGCUAGACUAUUAUACGACUAGCUCAAGUUUUAGAGAAGACUUUCAGCUAGACUGUUAACCAGAACCAGGAGGAGAGAGUACAUCAAUCCUGAGCUGCUCUCUCCUCAGAGUUCCGUUAAUGUAUGGAAAUGAUUUUCACAUCCCUUUCCUUGUAAAGCUCUUAACAAGCUCAGAUCGUAUUACCCUCUGAUGUCAUUUUUUUGGAGUGUUUCCAAAUGCUGAACACUUCAAGACUCCCGUGCAAAUCAAAGCUUACGCAAGAAAUGCAAGUUCUGCUUUAGUUAUGGAGGCUUUAAUUCAAGAUGCAUCUCAAGCACUCGAGCCCCUCCUCUUUUUUUAUUCAUUGUACAGGACGGUAAUAAAGGAACAGAGGUUAAGCACGUUGGUCUCCACAAUUGAGAUGUGAGUCUCCUCCUCCUCUUUACUGUCUGCCUUUGGGACGGUCUCAGUAUCCAGGGUGUUAUUAAGACUAUGAAACAGCUGGGUUGGUUCUUAAUCAGUCAGAGUCAGUCAGAGGAGCUACACACAGUUCUGCACAAAAAAAUGGUUAAUUAUGUAAAAGUAAAACCAGGUCAAUAUCGGGCUGCAACAAAACUACACACAGAAGUUCACAACUACUAAAACAAAGGCAAAACAAUAUAAUAAAUCAUACCAACAGGAACAUUUUUGGUCAAUUUUUAUCAACAUUUCAUGUUAAAAAAAAUGUCAUAAAUUUAGUAAAAUUGUAAUAAAUUGAGCCAAACAAACAGUAAAGAUUGUUCAGACAUUAUAUUUAACUCCUGUUGGAAAUACUGAGCGAAUGACACAUGACUUACCUAAUGAAAGAGCAGCUACAAACGCAGUGGUGAUGCUGCUGGCACAGAGAACAGCCGCCUGGUCCAGUUCAACCCCUCCUCGAGAAAUGGCCCCUAAACACACAGCUGCCACAGCAGCGAGGAAGCCCACCACUGUCGCCUGAACCUGCAGGGGGAGGAAAUACAGAAGACGAAACGAUGAAAAAAUAUUGUUCUGGAUGUUUUAACGGUAGUUCCAUUAAGUUGAAUUAGUUAACAGCGUAGAUGUUACCUGUAUAAGUGCCAAAUUGCUGCACACCAUGGUCCACUGUUUAUCAGGAUCGUCCAUUUGGCCCGUGUUGGCCUGAAAGCAUGAACACAACACCAGCCGGUAUUACAAGUUGAAGGGAAAUUAGUUUUCUGUCAUUUGUAACAGAAAUACUUAAAAAAUUUCCCACUGACAAAAUGAGAUUGAAUACUGCAGCCUAUUGUUCAAAAACUCAGGACAGGCAAGACAGAACCUGUAAAGAUCCUAUAAGAACUGCACUUUAUCUUAUAACCCGGGGUUUGCAUAAGAAGUUCAGGUUAUAAAUUGCAACCGAUUAGCAACCCUUCACCACUGAUGGAUGCACUUUUAAGCUACUCAGAGCACAUCUUCAUUUAUUUUUAAUAUGCCAAUAAACACAUCUUUUUAAUUGCAGUUUUACCAUAUCAGGAGUAAUUCAUAUCCUCACAUCCCUGCAGAUCUUAUUUCACAGUGGUUGUUUGCCUACUCCAGGAUCUUCUCUUUGUAAGGUAACUCCAGAGCAAAUUCAGGGGAACACUGUCAUCAUAACAUGCAGGGGUCGAUCAAUGGGGAGUUGCCAGGGUUUGUUUUUCAGAUCUCUCUGAUCCGCCUGCCUGUGUGCCGUCUUACCCCGCUGGAUCAAUAUUAAAAAUGUCACUGUGUCAUAAAGGAUGUCAGCUCGACCCAAAGGCACACAAACUGUGAAAAAACACACCCAGGAUAGAGAUUUAACUGCAAAGGUGUUUUCUUAUCUGCACACAACAAAGUGCCAUGGUAACGUCUUAAUGUGAUUCUGAAUAAUUUAACAUGUUGCAUUACACAUGCUAAUGUCUUAUAUCACUCUCAGAAACCAUUAAGCAGUUGAAGCACAUUACUGCGUCCGGUUCUGACGUGACCUCUGAGAUCUGAGACAUCCAUUUUUGAUGAUAUGGUAUGGCAUGAAAGCAACUACAAAUCAUUUAAUUCAACAAACAGAGGUGGAUUAAAAGCCUUUAAAGGUCGGCAUUAAACAUUAAAAUCAGGGAGAAGUUAAAAUAAGAUCUUACAGCGGUGGAGAGGCGGGCAGCCAGGGUCAUCUCCAGGUUUCCUUUGAGUCCAACCAGAGCAGGUACCAGGAUGAACACCUCUGUGAUCACUUUAAACACCUCCCAGUGCUGAAAGACACACAAUCAGAAUAAUGACAACUUCACAAAAACACUUAAAUACGACAAGUCCCUCAGCCACAACACUGACUUAAUUAAACCCUGCAGUGCCGUCUUCACCUGCACAGAUGAACUCUCUGCACCUCGUCCCUGACUGAUGCACUUAAAUAAGCACAUCACAUAUUCUCGACUAACCCAGUAGCCUACUUUUCCUGCUUCCACAUCUCUGAGCAUCAUCUAAAGCCACGCCAUACCUCGCAGGUUCAGCGGGUUUACGAGAUGUACAGUUCACGGAGUCUGCAUCACAUUUUCUGACUACAACUCCGGUUGGCAGGCCUGAGACGGUUUAGAUCUUUAAAUAGAUGCACGUAUAAAAAAAGAAGAAAAAAAAGAACGAGGCAGCUGCCAAAAGUGGAGUGAUGUGGAGCAGCAGAAGGUAGAGAGGGAAUUAAAGAUGAGAGGAGGGACUGACAGAGCAGGCUGGAGAUGGAGGGAUAACUGAGGAGAGGAGGAAGGAAAAAGAGUUUGAUAGGAAAUAGUUUGAAAGAAAUUGACAUUUAGGAAACAUACAUGAAUAUUUGAGAUGCUUUAAACUAGAGCCACUGAGCAGGACGUGCUCAUUUAAGAUAAUGCCUCAUAAUAAUUCAACAUUAGGGGUUGUUUUGAGGGUUGAGCUGCAGUCCUACUUGUUCAGCCAGCUCAAUGCAUAAAGUGUGAAAGCCAAAACCAGACAGUGACUUUAUUUUUCCAGUCCGGAGUCCUAUGACCAUGACAGGAUUCAUUUCUGCAGCUUCAUUUGCAAUACCUCACAAAAGGAUCGUACAAAGGUACCUCCAGUUUGAUAUGCUCCUGGACUCAUCUGCUCAGCCAAGAAUGCAUAAAAAAUGCCUUAUGCAACUGCAUAGAGAAUAUAUUUUUUAAAGGGCACCACAGAGAAAGAGCAAGUGUUUGGGUUCUGUUAUGAAAGCCCUCAAAGUAAUGUGGAUAACUUCAUCUGUCAGUGCAGAGAUGAGAGUUUAAAACAAACACUGUGAUAUAAAUGUUGUUUUUUUCAGAGUUCAUUUCGAAAAGCUCUAAGGCCACUGAGCAAAGUGAGCGAUCAGCGCUUGUUUCAUCACUUUCUAGCAUCUGCAGUUACCACUUUAAACCUGAGUGAGGAUGUUUUGAUUGAUUAUGAAUCAGACUGAAAUGAACAGGAACACAUCUCAAUGAUAAGACCAUCGAUAGUGCGAUUGAUCCUCUCUAUACAGUCAUUUUAAAUGUCUGCUAUUGCUGUGAGGGGGGGAAGUACUCUCAAGAAACAAACAGCCUUUGUUACUUUCCCCAUCGUGGAUAUUCACAGUGAGUGAUGACUUUCAUUACAAACGAACAAAAGGAGAAGAUAUUUAGGCAACAACUCCACACUCACACAGACGAGACAAAGCAGGUUUCUAUGUAAGAGUUACCACUUUGUCCAUAGGGGGCACCAACACCAGUAGAAAAUUCCUCACAGAAGCGUUAAAGUCUUAGCUUAUACACUAAAGGGGGUCACUGUGGAUGACAAUGAGAGGCCAGUUUAAAUCAGUUUGUUUCACUCACUACUAAUGAAGAUUUUAUAGAUUGUUUCAAAUUAUUAUUUUAUUCGAUUUCACAGAGCCUUUAGAACCGCAUGGAAAAUAAUGUAAAAGCUUCUUCAUGUCUUUGAGUGAGGUGAUUAAAGCUCCUUUAAGGAGUUUUUAUCUGGUUGUGAAACAGACUUAAAUUACAUUUCAACUUCCAACCUACUUAUUUUUCCAAUAUUAAAACAUAACUCUGUCAAAAAAAAAAAAGGCAGCUAAGAAUGAAAACAUUUUUUUUUUUGCAUUUUAUAACACAUAAGGCCACACAUUUAGAAGAGAUAAUGAGCUCAACAAUGAUGAGAGAAUGAAAUUACAAACUGGCCCUUCUCAGACAUAUCUAUCUAUAUAAGAAAUCUCAAGGUUAGAAAGUUUUGUUCUAUAUUUGUUAAAACUUGAAUUUUAAUAAAAGGGACAACCAUAGUAGCAUAUUUAAUUCUGCUUUAAAUAAUAUUUGAGGGGUUUUAUGGGCUUUAGAAGCCAGCCUCAAGUGGACACUACAGGAAUUUCACAGCUUCAUAUUACAACACCAGAGGCUUCCGCUUGCUUUAAAUCUGAGGAAUACAAAGAUAAGAUAAAUUUAGCGAGAAACAAGCAGCAGAAAGCAUCUAGUUCAGAGACGCACUGCAAAUAGCAUGUCUCCUUUUUGUAAAGGUGUUCUGAGGUGGAGAAAAUGAAAAAAAAAAAACAAGUGCAAGGCCAAAUAGCAUGCUAGCCAGAUGGCCACCAUAAAAUGUCAAGUACAAGAAAAAAGCAAGUGACUACAAAUUUAAAUAUUGAGUUUAUCUGAUUCUGUGUGUUUGCAAAACCUAAAAUGAUCAAACAGAGGAUAUGUAUGUUAAAUGUACAAUUCUAAGUUGUGCAAUAGUUUGGAACAUUUCUAAAACUCACUAGAAAUAACAAGAGCAGUAUCAAAUCAUUUUGUUUUACAUAAGGCUGUCUUCUUAAACUGUCAAAUUAUCUGUGCCAGUUGUUAAAUCAGAGGUGACUGUGUCACUGCUGUUUUGCUUUAUCGCUCACACCAAAGUAGCAGGCGAGGAACCUCUAUGGGGCCAAACAAGGUCGUGAAGGGAGUAGGAAAUGUCCAGAGAAGUAGUAUCACACAUGCUUUUUGUGGCUUUGUGAGUAUGUGCAUCUAUUAAUAAACAUGGUUCUCGGGUUCUGGACUGCUAGGUCUGGCUGACGGCUGUCAAGUUAGGGAGGUUAUCUUGGGACAUGGCCCACUUCUGCUGUAAUACUGCUGCUCCUGACUGAGAACCAGGCACAGAUUCAACACUGAGCUCCUCUGACACCUCAGGAGAAAGUUUACAAUCGCUCUGUUGUUACGUUCAUUAAGAUCAGGACCUAACUGUAAACUGUGUCUGUGUUUAAACAGUAUGUGCACUCAGUCAUUUCCAGAACAGUUCCACCUGCACACAGAGCGAACAGUAAUGCAGAAAAUACUGGUUCAAACAAUGCAGCCUUUCAUAGACUGCAGCUCUUUUUUAUGCAGUGGCUCCUUUUCUUCUAUUUGAUACCAAGAUAUCAAACUUUUUUUUUGCCUCUCCUCACAGGCCUCCUUCCUUUCAUCCUCCAACCACUUAUUGAAUUAACCAUUCGCUUUUAUCCCAAAGCACUCCUCUCCCUCCCACAUCUAAAUCUAAUUCACAGUACCCAGGAAGGUGGAUGUUGCACAAGCGUCAUCUCCUGAACAGGGCAAUCAUCUGGGAAACAGGAUUUCUUUGAAUCUAGUAGUUACUUUUCGUGUUUGCAUCCAUUCAUACAACACUACCCUCCGUAUUUCAGCUCUGCAAAAAAUCACUGUAACGUCAGUCACCAAUUCAAACAUUAAUGGUGCUUUGUAUGCAUUUGUGCAUGGUAUGGACAAAGACAUGGAGAUUGAUAACUUUUCUAUAGGGCAUUAUCCUACCUAUACAGAGCCAUCAGAAUAGUGGAAGGUCAUGCAGAGAAGGAUUUCCCAGACUGACACACCAAUAUCUCUGCAUACCACCAACAUUAGUGCCUACAAACCAUGCAUUUUCUCCCCACUGGCCCCCAACCAUUCAGACAUGCUUGUUUUUCCCAGAACAGGCAGCAAACUUGACACUGAAAAAUUGUUUCUGUUUCGUCCUCUUGUUGCAGGAAAUCCACAGACUGUAAUUUGAGCCUCUGUCUACUAGCCUGAUAUCGCCAAACCAAUUUGCCUUGGUGAAUAAGUCUGGAAAAGCUCAUUUCAUUCCAUUUUUGCAGGGGGCGUUAGCAAUUGUCACAUACAAGUCAGACACAUCCUGUCUCAGAACUUGCAGCUCAUAGUUUCCAAUUACCACACCAGAACACUGUGGUUCCAAUAUGCAGGCCUGCUCAUCGUACCUUAAGUCCCCCUCCUCUGAGGCUGACAUCCUCUUUGCCUUUGAGAGUAUUCUUGAAAUGCCCCUCUUUGAUAGAGCUCAUAUUUAGACCUAGCUUAGGUCUGGGCCAGCUCUCAGAUAGGCUGCUAUAGGUUUAGACUGCUGAGAGGUCCUGGCUCAAUGAGCAUAUUUCCCACUUUCUUCAUUCACUUUCUGUCUGUGUCAUUAACUCUGCAUGCCUCUUAGAGUCACUAAUACACAGUCUUUUCUGGAAGUCCCUGAGCUCCAUCAUGCUGUAGGUUUCUCUGGAUCGAUGUUUUCCUGCCAGCUCUCCAGCUGCUUUAACUACAUACAUCAAACUAAUCUAUGUCCAUCUCUCUCUCUUUCUCCAUCUCCCUCUCUCCCUUCUCUAAACCCAAUGCAGUAGCGGCAGAUGACUGUCUAACAUGAGUCUGGUUCUGCUUGAGGUUUCUGCCUGUUAAAGAAAGUCCUUCCUCUCCGCUGUAACUUACUAAAAGCUGUGAAGUGCUACACUCAUGUGGUUGAAGACAGGAUAGGGCUCAGUCUGAUCCCAUCUAUGCAUCGCAUCUUUGUAAAUAGGGGAUGCUCCAGACCUGCUUUCAUUGUUUAAAGUCUUGGGAUAACACUUGGCACUAUGUUUAAUAAAAAUUGACUGAUUGAUUGAUUAACAUACGAAAGUGCCCUAGACAGGAUGUAAAGAAUCGCAUGGUAACAGAAACAACAAAGACAGAGGAUGUAUUUGAAGAAGCGUAUCUUUCUAGCCAAUGGUCGUUGUUACCAUAGCAAAUAAAAUGGACCUAUCAGACAUGAUGGGUUUGGCAACACCAGGCUAUCACUCUAAUGACUUUAUGUCCACUGAGACUAUUUUUAUAUGACUGCUCCACAUGUUCAAAUUCAGAGAGUCAAAUGAUUUUUUCUCUUCUCUUUCUGAUCUGUUUUGUUGCCAUGGAAAACAAAUCAGUAAAACUUAGAGGUAAAACAAUUAAUUUGUGUGUUUUCAUCAAUGAUUAGUUAAUGACAGAUUUAACAUUAUUUACCUUUUUUCUAUUUGUUUAAGACUUGUUUGUGAACUAGUUUGAUUUGUAGAAGUUUUUAUAGCUAUAAUCUCACAGAUACUUAUUAUUGUACACAAACAGUAAACAUGUCAGGAAGAAUUCAAACCCAUUAAAUUGCAUACUUGUAUAAGAUCCAUAACAAUGCCAGCAGAGACCAUCCCAAGCCCAGACACAAGGUAUGGCACCAUAACCUGGGCUGCAAUGAGCCAAGAGCUCUCUGGAAGGAAACCAUGUUCGGAUCGGGUCAACUUCCACGUCACGCCGCGUAACUUCUUGCCCUGGUAGCGGAGCUCCACCUCCAGACGAGUCACCACCAUGAUGAAAGAGUGCUUCAAGGUGUAGUUAUCCCAUUACUGGCUGAACUUUAAUCCAAAUGUAAAUCAAAAUCCACUUCUGAUUUGUCCACAUAAGACCGGUUUGAGUCUUGCUUCUCUGAAGAAGUUGACAGUUUUGUUAAACCCAGUAUAUGGAGGAAACUUUUCCUGCUGCAACACAGCUACACAGCUAUUCUUGAGAAUUCAAGCCUUGAAUGGAUAAAUGCUGCUCUCUCAAAGGAUAACAAAUUAUGUCUCUGAUCAGUGUUAACACUAAACAGGAAGCUACUGCCGGGUCUUAAAAUGAUCCGAGUGUAAAACAAGGUGUAAUAAGGGAGUAGUUGUCCAAUUUAUCCAAGUUUCCUCACUGGCACAAUCAUAAUUCACGACUCUAAACCAAAGUUGUUGGGGGGGAAGCGUGUGGCAUCUUUGGCCCAGUAAUGAGUCAGCAGGAAUGAAGUACCCAUUUGUCAGCAUCACUGGGGAACAAAGUCAUUAACACCACGUCUUAGUCAGCGCACAGUGAUCUUUACCAGCAAGAUUGUUCCACAUCUGCGAUCAAAGUCAGACUACUUUGUCUUUAACCUGCCAGUUUUGACAUCCACACAGAGCAGAGAAAUUAAACUUGACAGUGGAGAGUUCCAACUUCAAGAAGUUCAAGUCCUGGUCCAACUUUGUUUAAUCUGCUCCAGAAUCCACGGUUUGGAGUUAAGAGUAUUUCAAAUGGAGUUUGUUCAAUCUGGUCCUCAAUCCAUUUAAUCCAGUCUGAAAUCAACAUGACCUUUCACAAACAAACUCUGAGCUGUUUUCUUCAAAUCAAAGUCAGUGAUUGUCACGAGUGACUGACAACAGCAAGAAGAUGACAAAUAGUCCAAAAGGUCUCUGAAAUUAGCAGCAGAAUCCCUCCAUGUCUUUCUCAGUACAGCUCCUUUCCUUCAGCAGGGCUGCAAUGACACUACGGAGGAAAAGAAAGAGCUCCGUAGUGUCAAUAAGUGAUGUGAAAAGGUCCUCUAAAGACGCAGCAGCCGGCUUCUGGAGUGCUUCUCUCUUCCUGUCAGCAUCAGGGUAGUCCUGCUUCCUCCGCUCUGCUCUGCUGUGACGUAGCAGAGAAAGAGGCAGGGCUGUCUGCGCUGCCCGACAUGCAGACUCAUGAGAGGAAACGACCAGCUUACCACUUCACUCUCUCCCUCCUUCUCGCUAUUCUUUGCUGCGUGUCUUCCUCUCAUCCUUCCUCCCUCUUUCCAUGUGACAUCUUUUUUGCUACGUCGGCCUGUCCUGCAUCCCUCUUUUCUAAUCUCCCUCUCUCUCUAAAUCAUGACUCAUUCUUUCUCUCUGACCGUUGCAUCCUUCUCUAUCUUCAGUCCACCUGCUAUUCUGCACUGUGAUCCUGUCAGAGGCCCUGCUGCUGUUUCCCUCAUGUAGCUUUCAUGGACUAAAAUAUUGAUUCCAGAGCGGCUUUUGGGUCACGAGAAUCUACAAAUCACUUAAUCACCCUGUUCUUGUGCUUUGUAGGGGCAGCACUAAAGUAAAUAUAAGAGAAUACAGGGGGGACUUUCUUUUUCUCAUCAUUACCUACACAGUCAUUUGAUUCAGGGGAGAAGGACUGUUUCAAAAUGAUUCAUAUUUGAUGAUACUACAAUGCAAUACAUACAUUAUGACACAAUACAAAGUAACCUAACAGUUAAUAUGAAGGUAAUAUGAAGUAUUACCAGUUGAUAAGUAUUAAUGGUUGAUAAGCCACUUACAUUAAGUCAUUAAUGUUUAUAAGCAGCAAGGUUUUAUAUGUGUUAAGAGAAUUUAUUAUAACUAUACCUAACAUUUAUCACUGCUGAGAAGAUUACUUGUAAGCACCCACUUAAUCUUGAUGUUUAAAGGCCACUUUUGAAUUGAAUCCAAUAUUUUUUUCACAUGGUUGCAUUUCAUGCCUUGGAAGGAUCAAUAAAUCCUUUAUUUUGCACUUCUUAAGUCUAACAGCAGCUUCACCAGCUUUAGUGAGAACAAGCUCAUACUAAAUGUAUUUACUGAAGUGUAAUUCAUCCUUAUAAAGAUAAUUCAAUUUUAAUAAACAUCCUAUAGAUAUGACAGGUAUAUAAACUCUUAAAAGUUUCUUAUGAGGGUCUAUAAGCUAUAAUAAAUGCUUUCAUUAUGUUUUUAUUAACAUUUAUUAACACUUAUUAAGGCUAAUAAACAUCUUUUAAUAUCUUAUAACUAGGUUAUUGGCUGUUAACUAAUGCUGAUAACAAACACCUUCAUAAAAAAUGCUUUCCAAAACAAAAAUCUAAUGCAACACAAAAGGGUAUGAAUCAAUACAAUAGGAAACACCACUGUCAAUACCAUACAUCCAAGCAGGAUAUGUUACAAUGGGAUAUGACAUGUUUAUGAUAUAGUGGGAUGUUAUACGAUCCUGUAAGAUACGAUAUUUAGGUACAAUCUAAUGUAACACCACAUGUGAUAGAAUACAAUAGGAUAAGACGAGACAAUACGAUAUAAUACAGAUACAAGAUAAGGUACAGUACAAUAACACGCAAUAUGAGAGUAUGGGUUAUGAUGCAAUGACAUAGGAGGAUACAACAGGACAUAAUACAAUACAAUAUCACAUGAUACAAUGAGUGCAGCACACAUUUAGUUACAACAGCACUUCCUCCUAAAACUACAAAACAUCAUCAAUGUCCAAUCCAGCAGCUGAACCCUAAAACACCUCAGUGUC